ACACAGGAGGACAGAGUGGAUCCAGUCGGGAGGCUGUAGAUCAUCGCCAGGCGGCUCUUUGUGGAUUUCACUCGGUUGAACGUGUUUGUUAACGGUGUCACUUCUGGGAUGAAUCCUCGAAGGUAUGUCGUUCGCGUAUAGCGUCUUGUAUGGAGGUGUUACGGCGGAAAAUGUCUGGAAAUCGGGAUGAAUAUGCUCCUUUCCUGCCGCUGCUGCCCCUAGUUUGCCCGACAAAUUAGCUGGCUAGCCCCUUUUUUCACAUGCAGAUAGCAUAUGUUUACUCAGUCAUAUCCACCAGCUGCUGCACUAUCUGACUUCAUUUACAUUUCUCCUCUCCUUUCCAGCUGCAACACCUCAGAGGAUUUAAACCUGCUAGGACUAUGAGCAGGAGAAGAAGAUAAGCAGCAGCAGCGGCGGUGGCUGGCUUCCUGCAGGAUUUCUCCCUGGCUUUUUGUUUUCCCUUGGACAUGGCUGGUCUAUGGAGCAAAGCUGAGCGGAGCUAGCUGGCCGUCAGUCCGGCUAGCGCUACAUUUUCAGGCUUUUGGAUGAUUGUUCAGCCCAAGAGCUGAUUUAUUUUGGAUCAGCGCUACCUCCUCUCUUCCUGUGCAAGGAGUCAGCAUGGGGGAGCCCAGCUUGGACGACGCCAAUGUCAAGGUGGCUGUUCGUGUACGGCCCAUGAACAGGAGAGGUGAGAGGGCACCAGUCAGAUCUUGAUUGUUAAAAGAGCUACCCUCAGGAUGUGGUGUAAACUAAACCUGCAUUUAUCUUUAAUUGGAUUGAAUGUUAUAAAGAUGUAUCCAUAAUGGUAAAAUCAUGCUUUAACUCAAGUCUGGGUUAUGAAUAUGAACAGGCUUCAAUCAGGUUCACAUCAUUGCCAAAAGAUGAUGCAGGAACUACCUUAGGUCUGUGUGGCCCAAUUCCAAUCCUUUCCUUAGAGCCUGAGCUCUAAACCCUCACAGACUUAACCUGUGUCAGGUGUGCAGUCCCUAAGGGUGUGAGUCCAUGUCCUUCACUGACUUGAAAUUUAGUGUAAGUUAGGAAUAGGACACUUUACUGACAUCACAUGUUACCUGUAGACUAGCCUCACGCUGAACAGGACUGGGACCAAUAGCUAUGGAGCAGUCCAUUGUUGCUUUGACUUGUGUGAUACAGUUAUUGUGUCACUGGCUUCCAACCUUUGUAUUUUGAUUUAGAAAUAACACAUGGCUUCAGGCAGAUUUGCAGUCUGAGUCACUACAUCACUGCUUCAUGACUCCUCCCACUGGCACCAACUACAUCAAUCCUGCACUUUACCUUUUAGGGGCAUUUUGUGUAGUAAAGUUAACAGAUAUGGGAUUUAUGAAAAUUAUUGUGCAGUUUUUCAGCUGCCACAGGAUUGCUGCGUCAUGAUAAUAAUAAUAAUAAUAAUAAUAAUAAUGUAUUAUUAUUAUUAUUAUUAUUAUUAUUAUUAUCACCAGCCCUGUGUAGUGAGUUAGCCUGCCAUCCCAAUCCCUUGUACUAUUAAUAAGAAAAAAGCCACACCUCCAGAAUGACUGUGUGAUUGUGACAUUGUGUUGGAUAAAGACCACAAGUCAGGUAGGACACUUAUUUAAAUUGAUGCAAAUGUUUUAGGGGGUGGUACGGACAACUCUUCAGAGGUACAGUAAGUAACCAGAACAGAAAAUAGACAGAUAGUGUGACUCAUAGAUACACCUGUUUUAGGCGUUCUUCCCUUGAUAGCGUGGUCGCUUUGUUCACAGGUAAUGGGCGGCUGAAAAUACAGCUCGCAGGCAUUGCUGAUUUUGCAGUGAACUAAAGACAAGUCCUACAGGAGAGUGUGUCGAUACAUGGACUCACUUCAUUUUGAAUUUUCAACCUGCUCACAGUGCUAGUCUGUAAAAAGUCACUGAACACAGGCCAGCAUUUGACUUAUUGUCAAUGGUAAUGAGGAGUCAAAUACAUAUGAUUGUUCUGAACAUCAUGAAGGAAUGUAAUGGUGCAAAAAAAAAAAAUCCUCUUCCAUUAGUUAAGUUCCCUGUGGUGUGCUUUAGUUCUCUUUGGUUCAGUUCUUGGUUUUGAAGUCUCACUUUGGUAUAUUUUUAGUACAGUAAGUGAAACUAAUUCAGCGCAUCUCCUUUUAUAGGAACUUGAAGUUCACACAUUGUCUAUAGUGCAGUAUUGACAGUGUAGACCUCCUCAGAUGUCCUUUUUUCCCUCUGCUGUCAGCAUGUUGGAGCUCUACAGGGACUGACACACACAAACAUACUGUAUGCAGCCAAAUGCACACAGGGGAGCACCACAUGCCACUAUUUAUUAUGCUUAUGAGACAUCAAAUUGCAACUGAGUUUUCAGGAUCAGGACUGUAUGACAGGGAUACUAACUAGAAGCCUAUUAUACAUGACUAACUAUGAGCCUUUUAUAAUUAUAAUUUCUGUAAACACAAAAGAGAUGUGAUCAUCACUCGCUCUGCCCUUCCCACUCCUCACUAUAAUGGACCCACACAGACGUUUAGAUGGUAAAGGACAUAACAAAGAGGCUCAAAAGGACUUAUCAAAUGUCAGCAAUGUAAAUUUCACUGCUGUCUACCAGAGCUCUCUCUCUCUCUCUCUCGCUCUCUCUCUUCAGGUUAUCUCUAUGUUGAUCGAUGCUGCUGCUCGCUCUCCGUCUGUCAUGUGCUUGUGGCAGCUUCUGGUUUCAUAUAUGGGUGUGGAUCUUUUGACUUCCAUAGUUGUUGAGGAUUUUAUUUUGAUACUAUGGGAUGUAAAUAAAACAGAUAUUGUAUUUUCAUAAAAAAUGUGGAGACUUUGGACAAGCUUAGUCAGCACCAGCACCCUUAUGAGCUCAGUGACAUGUUCUUAGUGGGACCAGCCUGCAAAAUUCAAGAAUCAGUUCUGUGUGUUGAUUGAAAUGGGGGUCGGGCCUGAAAACAAACCGCAGGUUGCACUAGCAGUGGAGUAAAGCUUCACUAAAGACUCCCUGUAUAAUAUCCUGGGAACUGGGUGCCAGUGAGAAAUCAACAGCCAUUAGUGAAAUGAGCUUCUGCAGAUUAAAGGGAGGCUGGUCUGGAUGGCACAUGUUCGUACAGUGCUGCCAUAGGGCUUCCCUCAUGGCUGCCUGCCAUCCAGCUAGAUUUAAAGCUGAACUGCUGCUGCUCUGUCAGAUCUAUUGCUAGAAAGACUGAACACUGUCUCCUUCACUGGUUGAUACAGAUGCCAAUAGUGUCUUGACUUCAGCUAGCCUUCGCUGUCAGAGUGGAGUAAAUCAGUGCCGACCAGUAAAGCCUUUGACAGCAGUAUGUCAGAAAACCUGCUCUCCAGGCCGUCAGUGCACAUCACAUAAAGCUCGACAGUGAUGUUUUCAGUGUUAGAAUUUUCCUGUGGCUGCAACUUGUCUACUGAGUGUUGCAUCCACAUCUCUAAUUUUAGCUUAACCAGGCUAACAAUGACAUAGUGUUAGAAAAAUGUGUGUGCAAAUGCUCUGUUCAGUUAUGCUGCAGAUUUUCAGUGCCACAUGCAGGGAGGCAUAGAUGACAUUUCCUGGUCCUUUGCCCAGUGGUGUUUUGCCGUGGGAGGCCAUGUGUCCCAUGGAAGCGGGAGGAGGAGAAGGAAAGCUGCUAAGUCAGAGCGGUUGACAGACAAGUGGCAGAGUGAAUCACGUGUAAUACUCUCUCUCCCUGCUCUGAGUUGAAGAAGUCGGUCACAAGACCAAGGCGGUGGAUUUCUGCUCUGCUCCCAUAGGCAGGGAUUUACGGUGAUGUAAAGAAACUCAGCAGUCAGGGUGACACUGUCAGUGUGAGGACAGUGAGGUCAGGCUUUUGUUAUGAAUCCUCCAAAAGUGUGUGCAUGUGUUUUUUAACCACCAUCAGUCAGUGGACACGUAGAUGUGAAGGUUGUGGGUAUGUAGGCUAAUGUCCCCUCCCUAUUGUCAGGGUCAGAGUUCAUCAGGAGAUGUCCCUCUUUCACUGAUUAAACAGGUACAUGUGAGGGUUGCUGUGUCACUCCCUCUUUGUCUCAGUAUUUUCUCAUAACACUCUUCAUGAAGAACCACACAUUUUCCCUCUUCCACUAUUCAAUACCAGGAAGUUGCAUCCUUUUAGCGAAUAACAAGUAUUUCUGUUACAAAUUCCAGUCAUACAUCAUGUCCGUAUUGUACAGGAUCCCCCACUACUAGCCUGAGACAUUGUAAUAACGCCAUUACGCUCCUCCUAGAUGUAAACAAAGGCAGAUGACAGAUGGUGUCUUGUUGUGAUGCAUUUGGGCAGUUUGUAGAAAUGGGAGCUCAAGAUGAAUGUAUAAUAACCGUGGUACGUAAAGUCUUUAAAGUUCUUCAGAUAGAGCACCGUGAUGGCGGCAGUGUUGUAUAGCAUGCUGGCAGAUAUAUCCCAAGUAAAUAUCUGAAUCAAAAAGCUUCCUCCGGAUUUGUAAACAACACAAUCAGAAAAGCAUCUUGGUUGGAUUAUUUACAACAGUUUUUCAACACAUGGCCCUCAGCUGUUUAGAGUCAACUCUUUGCUUUGUAAACAAACAAGGCUUUGGGAUGUAAACAAACCAAGCUACGAUGUGUUGUCUUUGUUUGUUUUUUUCCCUUUCCACUGUUUUAACACUGUCAAGUCUUUUUCAGACAUCAUUGUAACAAAUGCCUGUGUUUGCCGUCUGUCGCUCAGCAGAAAAUGGCAUCUGUGAAGGAGUCGCAUGGGAAUUUGAUGACUUACUGGAGGCAGUGGGACUGUUUUUGAAUGUGCCACCACAUUUGCAGUCGUGUCCUCCUCAUCUCACAACUAACAGCUGUCUAGUAGGGCUGCACGAUUAAUCGAUUUUAAAUUGUCAUCGGAUUAUUUCAUUAUGACGAUGUUAAAAAAUUGAAAUCAUCAAAUCCAGGGCUGUUGGCUGGUCAGUUGCCACUCGCCAAAUGUGACUAAAAUACUUCCCUGGCGACUUAAUUUUGGAAGGCUACAUGCAAUGGGGCGGGUAGAUGUUUGUCCAGAUAGUCAUGCAACAAAAUAUGCACAAUGUGUCACAAAGUGUAGCUAUGAAAUUAUAAAUAACGACGGUAGCUAGCGUCAGCGGCUACUGAUUUGUUGUGUGUCACACUGAAGAGGGCGGCUCUGAGCAGAACUGAUGAGACGCCGUAUAAUAGUGAAAACACAACUCAUACCUGCCAACACUCCUGUUUUUCCCGGGACUCUCCCGUAUUUCAGACCUAUCUCCCGCCCACCUCCCGUAAUGUCAUUUCUCCCGGGAAUCUCUCGUAGUUUGCAUGAUCCAUGUUCAUUCAUGAAUCGGAUCACGAUAUUUGUCCAAAGUUUCCAGGUUUCCAGACAACCAAAGAUUGUCCUGUGUUUCUGCUGAGACUCACAGACACUGGAUUGAUACUUUUACUUUACAAUUUGGGAUGAUUUCAGUCGGUUUAAGCUGUAAACUAAAUUUAAGCAGUGUUUGUUGGAAAAUGAAAACUUCAAUGAAAGGGAAACAAACGUGAGAUAUAAUAUUUAUGUUGAUUGUCUUGCACCGUCACGGAGUGAUGCGUUCAGGGCAGCCUCAGACAAAGAGUGCUGUAUUGCACACACAUAUGUUCAAAGAUCCUCAUAUGGGAGAGCAUGUGAAACAUAUGAGGACUUUAACACUUAUAAUAGUGGACUAAAUAAGUUCAAGGCAUAUCGUAGCUAUCAUUUUAUUAUUACCAUUUUUAUUGUUAAAAUUAAAAAAGUGUGCAGCUUCACUUAUACUCAUUUGGAUGAGCACUUUAAUUACAAAUACUCUCAAAAUUAGCUCAUAACCACCAUACAAGGUCACCCCAAAACUGCCUGUUGUGUGCUGCAAAAAUCUCCCAGAUUUAAAACCCAAAUGUUGGCAGGUAUGAAACACGUGUGAAUAUGAGUGCGUGUGUGGCUACUGAGUAUUAGUGUGUGGAUGCCAGACAGCAGGUUGUUCUGUGCGUUAAACAUCCCAUCAGAACAUGUUGUUAUUGAUAAGACAUCUUAAAUAUGUAAUGUGUUUUGAGACAAAGAGCCUGAGCCAAUCGUGAUGUUUUACAUCAUGUAAAACAUCACGAUUGGCUCAGACUGUUUGAUAGGGCUCUGCUGUUAGGCUGUAGCUCAGGGAGGGACUCAGAACACUUAAGUGACACUAAAAUAAUGUGCUGGCUCCUUAAAGCACGUGCUCACUCUCACUGUGUAUCCCAGGUUGAGGAGGAGAGGUGGUGGAGCUGCCUAGCAGGACAAAGGCAGGAAGGGAGUGAGGCUGAAUGAAUAUUUGCUAAUGUUGCGUAAUGCUCCAUGUUCCCAUGGCUGUGUCCUUCGAAGAACACAGCAACCCCAGGCGUAGCAACAGCAACGCUAUGACCAAUCAGCUUCCUGGCUAAUGUGAGCCCUGUGGUGCCAAACCUCAGCACCGGUAGACCAGAGGACGACCGGAGACAGGGCCAGUGGAAAGAGAGAGCAGGAGAGGUAGAAAAAAACAAUGGGAACAUUUAUCCUUGCAACUACACUGCAUCAAACUUUCCCUUCAGGAAGUACAGUUGGAACAUGGGCACUUGGGUAAUGUAGGCUGGCAGGCAGGCAGGCAGCAGUAGAAGAUGGGGAGCUAGAAUAGAGAGCUGAAGUCCACUUCUCCCUGCCUACACCACCGCCCUGUUGAACAUUACCUCUUCUUUUGCUCUUGCUGUCUUGAAGUCACUCAGUGUCUUCUGGCUCACCCUGCCUUUUUGGCUUUGUGAGGUCCUUGACAGCAGAAGAAUCGUAGUGUGAUUCAGGUCCUCUGACCUUUGACACCAAGUUUCCAUGGCUCUUCCUCUGUGUUCCGACCAACACCAGCAGGGUUGAGGUUUUUGGAAACAGACAUCUUAGCCUCAGAACCUUAAAACAGUACUUACGGUUUGAGCAUUAGUCAUCAUCUGAACUCUGUAGUUCCUUAAAAAUUGUGCACAGGCAACAUGAGGGGCAUGUUUACUCCUGCUGGCAUCACCUCACCUUUUGAAGGGUGGACGCUGAUUUCACGAGUUUAAGUGGUAAAAAGUUGUACCAUUCUUGCCUAUAAUAGUUAUGGGUUUUCUUGAAGUUGAAGAAAAAGGCUUUGUCUGGAUGUAUAAACUUGUUCAGGAUAACUGCUGCCUUCCCAGAUGUAAAAACUAUCCAUGACAUGGGCACAUAUGCAUCCCUAUACCAUCGCAAAAGAUGGCUUUUGAACUGUGGGCUGAUAAUACACCACCCCUCCAGAGAGCAGAGGAGGGAGUGCUCAUGAUUUCCAAAAAGAGAGCCAGAUUUGCCAGAUUAGAGAGUCCCUUUCAGUUCUCUCUGGUUUAAGUGAUUUGGAAACAAUCAUAAUCUGUUUUUAUCCGUUUAACAUCCAACCGUUUUGGAUCCGAGGAUAAUUGGUAAAUAUUUUUUUUAAUUCUGUGUCCUAACAGUAAAAGUCGGCAGUCUGUGGUUUAUAACUUUGACAGUAGAUUUGAUUACUUUAUCACUGAUUAGAUCCACAUCAUUGGAAAAUAUAAAAUGACAAUAGUUAGAUUCUUGGGUGGUGGAUUCAGUUUGCAGUCAUCAGAGAAACAGGCUGAGCUAAAGUUAUCAGGAGCUCAGUCCAGAUUAUAGAUUAUUCUGUUAGUCCGGAAUUUACAGUCAUUUGCAUGUGUAAAACUGACCGUUGUCAAAUGAAUAGGCAGAGACACACCUGGUAUAUGAUAUAUGUUGCAUCAGAUCUGUCAGUUAUGCACUAAAAUCAACCCUUGGGAGUGAUCUAUUUGCUCAUGGUAUCAUAAAAAAAUGACACAUGCUUUACUGCUGCUGCUGACUUGUUCUUCUUUCUGCACAUGCCCCUCCCUCCUGCCGCUGAAGUGUCAACCUUAUGUCAAGACAUGCGACUGGAAGUGUAUCCCUGAAUGACGCUGCAGUUUAGCUUUAGUCCGUUCUUGUUGUAGAGGGAAUUGAAACCGCAGAAUGUUUCUCUUGUGCUGACACAUAUGCUGAAGGGAAUAAUCCCUACUUGCUGAUGCAUGCUGGCUGUAUAAAAAAGGAAAACCAUUACUGACAGUCACCUGUGGCAUGAUAAUAGUGUAUUUAAAAUCCCAGCAGUGAGAGUGUGAGUACUCUGCUGUGAUUAGAAGGUUAAUGGAGUGCCAGUCAAGCCCAGGCUGCAGCAGAGGUUCAGCUCUGGAAAACUCCGGAUUCAGUCUGACGAGGAAGGCUUAUUUACAUGUGGGGUUUGAACCUGGUCUGACAGGUGAAGGACGUUUUUUACUACCAGUAGAUGAUUCAGGUUUGAAGGAGUGUUGCUCUAGCCCUGACCUCUGACCUCCCUGUGGAGGAAAAAAAGAGGAUAUCCUUACUAGGAGCAACACAAAGCUGAGUCCUGCCUUUAUCUUAUCAACCAGAAUACACACUAACAAUGAUGGAGAGUUGUUACCUGUUUUGAUCAACAAAUGUGGAGGAAUCAUGUGAGUUUGUUCUUUUGAUUGACUAAUCAUUGAACAUGCAAAGAUACAGAGAAAUGUUCUCCAUGCCAAGCUCUUUUACGAACAUUUUUAUACCAGUUUGCUCUGCAAUAAAGUCUAAUAGUGUUAGAGUAAAUUGCUGCAAAUCUUCCCUUAAAAUGUGAAGUAUUUUUGUUUCUGUUGCACAAGCCUCAAGAUUGUAUUAGUGCUCCUGACAGGUUUGUCAUGCUUGUAAGGAACUGUUUGUAAAAUGCUUUUUUUUUUUCUUUUGUAAAUGCACAACCACUUCUGCCAAAACUGGAUGCCCAGGACAUGCUGGCAGCAACUAGCCUGUGCUUAGACAACCAUCAGUGGGUCUCACUGGCAAGACAGAUGAAUGGAGAAACUUACCAGCCUCAUGAGUUUCCAGUGCGGUUCAUGUCAUUAUUUUUCCGACGCUUUUACAGCGGGACAUCUAUUAGCAGCCUCUUUGACUGACCCAGCAAUGAAAGCAAACACGUAGCACUUCACAGAGAAAUAUUUCAGACUUUUAUAUAUCAGAGACAUUACGGUUUUUGCAUUGAAGUAUUCCCUGCAUAUGAAGGAGAUGUACUAUGAGUAUUUUUGAGGUUUUCUUGCUGAAAUUGUCUCGUAGUAAUAACUCAUAUAGACUUGUGCAUCCAUCAACAUUGGAAAAAAUACUACAAGCACCCCCUAUGCUGAGUUGGAAAUGGCCAGUUGGUGUUUCAAAGGCCACUUGUUGCAUCAUGACACAAACUGGUCAAAGUCGGUAUGAGGGAGAUGUCAUUUGUGUGCAUGUGUGUGUGAGAGGGAGGGAGGGAGGGAGACUGCCUGAAAAAAAAUCCUGUUUUAUUGAUUUAUGCUUACUCUAAGGUUAAAGAGCAUUUUCAGAGUCAGUGCUCACACAAUUGUGUAAACUUCACAUUCCACAGGAAGUGACAGUAUAUCACUGUUAUGUUAUUAAACUUAUCUACCUGAAUUGGGUCAAUCUUUACAGGGUAGUUGAACAGUUGUGAGGUUUUCUUACCACUAUGCAGAAUGUAGAAAAAGGUCAAUUCUUGGAAUGAUUGUGAAGGUUACAGUGUAAAAAAGAUGAAAUAUCCUCUGCUCUGCCCCUCUAUGUAGUGAAAUUGUGCAUAAAGAUGAACAUGUACAAUGUAGGAGACAGCAGUAGACUUAUCCACAUUAGGCAUGUGCCGAUAUGAAAAAUUUGAUAUCACGAUAUUUGUGGCCCAAAAUAUUCAGAUUUACGACAUUAUCACGAUAUUAGCGCAUUGCUUUUCACGUUAUUACACCCAAGUUUGACAAGGUGCCGACUAAGGAUCAUUUGAAUAAAAUAAAGAGAGUUGCACACUCUUAUCUCCUCUGCUCUUUUAUUACCUUACCGUUUCAGAUACUGUACCCCUGAAAUAAACUUUGCAACAACAUACACAAAAUUCAACAUUGAGGCAUGCUGCUGCAGUGUUCGAGCUGUGAGCUGCACAGAAGCAAGCUAACAGCAUACGGUACAGGUGCUUCUCAACAAAUAAGAAUAAAUAUAUUCUCAUUUAUUGAGAUGGGAUACUUGAAUACAUUGUGCAACAGAAGCCUGCAGAUGACUUAGAAAUUAGAAUAUUUUUAGUCCACUGAAGAUAAAAUGUGGAGAGUCCACGUCUCCAUGCUGAACAUGAGUGAGUAAAAGGAUCAGCACACUGACACACCGCUGACAUCUGCAUACAGUCACAGGUUAACCCGGACAGAGACUGCAGUGAUUCUGCCUCCGUGCCAUGUAUUUUUAAGGCAUCUCUAUGACCAUUUUGUCUGUUUCUCACUGUGUUUAUGGCCCUUUAUUUGCAAAAUAUCCCAAAUCCAUCCAUCAUUGAUGAGAACAAUGAGGAGUAUAAAGUCUGUUAGUCCGCUAAAACGGAUAACCACGAUCCGCGGUUUGAUUUCAUUCACGCUGACUGCGAUCAGUACGAGUGGUGACAGCGGACGCUUUUCCACAUUAAAGGAGGAAAUAUUUGUAAUAUAUCUUUGUUAACACCAAGUGUUUUGUUUCUACUUAUUUGAAGCGUGGAUCAUAGUUGUGGAGACGUCCACACAAACAUUGAAUACAACCAACAGGCGAGGUGUACAGGCUGUGUUAAUUACAUUGAAUAUCAAUUGAACAAAUGAUACACAGAUUCACUGCCCCCUAUCGGCCAGAAGGGGCCAGAACGAGUGGGGUCCGUGACGUCACUUUCCUGCGCCACUUGAGAUUGCGAAUCAGAUUAAAUUAUGAGACACUUUUUGCGGGGCGAGCACGAAUACGUAAAAGCAUUUUUGAGCUUGGUUUUUCUUUUUAAUUUAGUCACAGAAUGGGCAGGCCUGAAGAAGAAAAUGAAAAUGCAUUUUGGAAUAUUGCUUUUGAUUUUUAUUUUUUGAAUCAAAUAGUGCAGCCUUGACUUUAAAAUGAAGAAGCAUUUCUGCUAAUGCUUUUGAAUUUGAGAUAUGAGUCACAAACGCUUCCAUACUUAGCAAAGCUGCCACUCGUCUUUAAAUUAUAAUUGUGGAACGAUUAUUACAGUACCUUACGAUUUCAUCAUCGCGGCCGUUUAAUAUCGCAUAUCACGAUUAAAUCGUAUAUCGGUACAUCCCUAAUCCACAUAGAGUUUUUCAGUUGUGGUGCCUUGGCAGUAACCCUGUUUGCUCUCUUAUCCACAGAAAAGGAAUUAAACACGAAAUGUGUGGUGGAGAUGGUGAAGAACCAGACCAUCCUCCAUCCUGGUGGAGCUAACCUGGGCAAAGGAGACUCCAGGUAUGUUUGUCUGUAGUUUUCAUUCACCCUGCUGCUACAACAAUGAUUCAUCCUGUAGUGCCUUCCACUUGGCAACACACAGGUCAUGGGAACCCUUUUCUGUUUGUGGAUCUCAGUGACUUUAUCUCAGAGUCAGUACCUGUUCUAACUUUAACAUCAUUCACAUAUUACAAAUGAUCUUUUAUAGGGAUGGGAAUCGAGAACUGGUUCUUGUUGAGAGCCUGUUCCAAAUGGUUCAAUCCAUCGACAUCAUUUACAUUUUAUCUUAACAAUUCCCUUAACAAUUCCUUUCUUCCUGGUGCCUUGAAAAACGGUCUCGCGAGUGCCAGUCUAUGCUAACGGGCACGGAGACAGAGGAAAAAACAUGACAAUCCCAAUGAGACAAUGAGAGAAGUAGGCAGAAACGAGCUAAAGUGUGGCUUAAUUUUACUAAGGAAGAUGACAACAGUGCAACAUUUGUCGAGCAGUGAUAACAUGCAAAGGUGGGAACACCAGCAACAUGCUUCAACAUUUGUCAACGGAGCACAGCAUCAAAUAUAAGGAGUCACAUGUAUUCUAUGCAACCUCCGGAAAACUUGGAUUAUUUCGCCAAGUACUUUCAACCUGCAUUCUACGGCACAACACCUGUUGAACACCGGCCGUCAGCCGCUGCUGCCCCGUCUCAGCACGGCAUUGAAGGUACAUAUGAUAGGGUGACCAUAUGUCCUCUUUUACCCGGACAUGUCCUCUUUUGGGGGGCUGGUCAGAGGAGUUUAUAAGAUCCUUCAAAUGUCCGGAAUGUGUAUCCAUUGAUUAUGGAUACACAAAAACAGUGCAGCGCUCCCUGCAGCUCUGCCCCUUUGCUUACUUCUAAGCAAAGCCACUGACGUGACGCACACAUACACUGUCUUUGGGAAUUCAGAAUAUGCUUUUGAAUGAGUUAGAAGUGCAUAAAAACUCUCGACCCAACCAGAGAAAAGAAAAAGACAAAAACCUUCAAAAUUGCACACACAAGUCUGCCAGAGAUUCACAAUGAUUUGAAUGAAGAAAUACUCAGAAAUGCAAUUUUGCUCUUAGAUUUCUCAUGAUAUGUCCUGUAGCAUCAGACAAAUGCCAUAUGAACAUGGAGACAACAAGAAAAACAUGAUUUUCAUCAGAGUGGGUCUUUAAAGAGGUAUCAGUGAGGACAUAUAGUCUGGAAAAAAGGCACAAUCCCCCCUCUUUUACUAAUCUUGUACAGAAACAGUGUUUCCUUUUUUUUUUUCCAAUGUGAAAAAUAUCCUAUUGAAGUUGGUUGUACAUGAUAAGUUAACUGUUAACUGGAGCUCGCGUAAGCUUGCAUGACAAACUUGUAACAGUGCCAGUGUCACUGAGGGUAAUGAGUGAUGCUAAUGGGAGUAGCUCAUUCUGAAUUGAGCCUCUUUUUGCAGUUACCUACAAUACCUCCCAUAUUUUUCCUCCCCUCUCUGUGCUCUUAAAUGUGCUUCAGUGCCUGGUCAUUUUUCCUGUACCCUCCCCCUGAUUGCUGCUUUAAAAAAAGCUUCUCACAGAUUUGUCAGGAAUGUUUCUUCGUAAUCAUGAUGGUGUUUUUGGCAUGAAGCUGGCUACCCAGCUGUUGGGCCUCAUGAAGACAGGUGUAUUUCAACUCUUAUCACUUGUCAUCUGUUUCCCUCCCCUUGCUUUUCCUUCACUCCCAUUCUUUAUAACCAGCUGCUAUUGGUGGAUAACCCUGAAGAGUCAUCAUAGCCUCGGUGCUUGCACCGUAAGAGGCAUUAGGACGAGUUAGUUGCAGUCCCAGUGGGCAGAACAGAAAUAUGUGACAACAUGUAAUCUGGUCAAUGUCUGAGUGAAGGAAUUUGUCAUGAAUGGACAGACCAAGCAGGCUUUAGCAAAUACAACAUUGUGAAGAAAAACUCAUUUAACCACAUCAUAUUAAAACAAAGUCUAAAAUAAAUACAGUUUGUCCUUGAAUAAUGUGAGCGAUCAUUCGGAAUCCUCCAGUGUGAGUCAUGCUUGAAAUCUGAUCCUCCAUCUUGGAGGAAGCCAGCUGUGUCGGAAGAAAGAUCUCGUUGUGACUGGUGGAGCUGACUGCUGAUCAAGAGUGGUGAAUGCUGAACGCUGGCUUUAGACCGAGGUGCAGGAGCAGACAACAGUAGCAGCGUGUGUGAGUGUGUGUGUGUGUGUAUGUCUGGGAGAAGGACAGGAGUGAAAGAGACAGAGGCAGACAGAGACAAUUAAACAUGAAAAAGACAGACUCCGCUCCGCUCCUCUCUUUCCUAACUCCGUCAGGUCGUAACUCCCCACCGGCUGGCUUCCUCCCUUUUUCUUAGCUCUUCCGUUUCCGUGGCAACACAGGGGGAGGUUAACUCUGGGUCGCUGCCGGUGACCGUGAAGCCCCUUCCUUGAGUGAGAAGUCAUUAUAAGAGGGGGAGAAACCCUCAUUUUCUUGAGCAUCUGUCGCCCAUAAACUUUCUCUGGUGACUUUUAUGGAGCAGCAAACAAGAGCAGAGCUGUAGUUUCUCUCUCUGCCACUCUGGAACAAAAGAGCGAGCAAGCAGCAGGAGGAUGGGCUGACUGACUGCUGCCCUCAGCAGAUGCUAUUUUAUUUUCAUUUGUUUUCUGCUUUUCAUUCACAUUCUGUUAAAGUAAGAAUUAUCUUUUACUCAACGUAGACCAACAUUAGUGUUAAUACAGGGGAGACUGAAGCGAAUGUAUGCUGUGAUUUCAGGAUGCAGCAGCAGGUUCACUGGGUUUUGCUGGCCAAGUGUGUUAUGGGGAUGUCCUAUGCUCAAAACUAGGGCAAGUUAUCUGCAGUGGAUGCAUAAAAAAAUCAGCUUCCUGACUGAAUGCUCCUUCUGUGCAUCUGCUGAAGACUGAGCUACAAACACUGCAGCAGAAGAUGUCUUCAGCAAACCACUUACCAUAGUUACUUAAAAAAUAAUGCUCAAGUCAUUGAUCAAUGGUCUGAACAGACAUUUUAAGGAUAGAUUCAUGUCAAAAAUAUGUUUUCAGAGCUCCAAGGCAGCUGUCUAUAUGUUACACUCCCAUAUAUAAAUCUAAAGGAACAAGGAUUUGAUGAACAGAGAUUUCUCUGGAUGUGUGUUUGAGUUCUGGUAGUUCUGGCAGUAUUUGUUUCACACGGUGCAAUGCAAGAGAAGCAGUACGACAGGCUGUAAACUUUGCAAACCACAUAAUGAUUUGGAUGCAUAAUUGUACUCCCUCUGACUGUGAAAAACUCUGAUGCUUUCACAACACAAAUAACGAGGAGGACAGGUAUUAAAACGUGAGUCACCUUUAAAAGACAAGACUCAGUUACAUGUCUUUUAUUAAAAUGUGAUACCAAAGGCCAUUUCCCAGGACUCUCUGUCAUGUUAAAUACUCCAGGUUUCAGGGUAUUCAUUCAAUUUCACUACACCUUCAAAGAAUCCAAAGCAGGGUAGAGCUGUAUCUUUUAGUUUCCAGGGUAGCCCUCGGAUGCAAUGACCUGGAUAGUUUUUUUUUUUUCAUUUACUUGGACAGGUACAGUGCAUCUGGAAAGUAUUCAUACCACUUCACUUUUUCCACAUUUAUGUGUUAUGUUGCAGCCUUAUUCCAAAAUGGAUUAAAUUCCCCUUUUCCCUCAAAAAUUCUACACAAAAUACUAGUGAUGCACGAUAUGAAAAAUUUCAACCGAUACCGAUAACCGAUAAUUUUCUUCUUCUCAUGGCCGAUACCGAUACCGAUAAAUUCAUAUUUUUACAUUUAUUAUAAUCUUCAUAUAAUCUGCAGUUUGUGCAGGAUGCAGCGAUUGAAAACUGAUGUUUUUGUUGCUCUGGCCUAUCUAGAACAACAAACAAAAGUUUUUGGCUCUUCAAAUGUGGUCAUUUGCUAUAAAUAACAAUAACAGAGCAAAAAGCAGAACUUCAUUUGAUCCCCUGAACUGUUCAACAGAACUGUAAACUGUAAAGGAGCUAUUAUGAGACGUUAGGCUUAGCAUGCUGACCGGACUAACAUCUGACGUCCAUAUGUCUGUGGUAAAACUCACGUGUAGUCCGUUCUUGUCGAUCAGGUUGUGAAUGUAUGUGGGGACAAUAUCAUAGAGUGCAGGAAGAGACACAUCCGAGAAGAAGCGGCGGCUUGGGAGAGUGUAACGUGGCUCCAAGUGUGCUAAUAACUUGCGAAAACCCAGGUUCUCAACGACAGAAAAAGGCUGGUCGUCGACCGCUAUGAACUCCAUCACUUUGUCGUUAAUGGCUUUAGCCUUUUCGCUGUCUCUUGAGAAGCUUUUGCAGUUUUUAAAUGCCCGCUGAAUGGGGACAUCGAUCCUCCGUAGUGUUGUUGUCUUAGCUUUAGUACCGCUAGCAGCUUCGGCGGCUGUCUCAUAUUCUUUUACUACCGCUUCGCCGCGAUGGCGACUUUUCAGAUGAGCUAUCAGAUUCGUUGUGUUAAUACUUGACGUCUUCUUUCCUCCUCUCGGAAUCCUCGCUGAACAGGUUUUGCAUAUAGCAAUGCUGUUGUCAUCCUCUGCCACUGAGAGAAACGACCAUGCUGGUGAAGACAUUUUAUUAUCUGUCAGGUAGUGACGGGGUCAGGCUUGGGACCUGCGAGUAAGGCGCGAUAGAUGACGUAACCAGCGCGUCUCGGACAGGCGGCUACUCCGCCUGCAAACGUUACUCGUAAUUUCAUUAAUAUAUCGGAUCUUUCUAUCGGAAAAAUGCACCUAUCGGACCGAUAAAAAAUGACGUAAUUUCCCCCCAAAUCGGCCGAUAUUUUAUCGGUCCGAUAAAUAUCGUGCAUCCCUACAAAAUACCCCAUAAUGACAAAGUGAAAAACUUUUUUAGAACAUUUUGCAAAUUUAUUAAAAAUAAGACACUCAAAUGUUGCAUAUACAUAAGUAUUCACACCCUUUACUCAAUACUUGGUUGAAGCACCUUUGGCAGCGAUUACAGCCUCCAGUCUGCUUGUGUAUGAUGCAACAAGCUUAGCACACCUGGAUUUGGGGAGUUUUCCCCAUUCUUCCUUGCACAUCCUCUCAAGCUCAGUGAGGUUGGAUGGGCAGCAUCGGUGCACAGCUACUUUUAGGUCUUUCCAAAGAUGUUCAAUCGGGUUCAAGUCUUGGCUCUGGCUGGGCCACUCAAGGACAUUCAGAGACUUGUCCUGAAGCCGCUCCUUUGUCUUCUUGGCUGUGUGCUUAGGGUCAUUGUCAUGCUGGAAGAUGAAGCGUCACCCCAGUCGAAGGUCUCGAGUGCUCUGGAGCAGGUUUUCAUCAAGGAUUUUGAUGUACCUAGCUGCAUUCAUUUUUCCCCCGAGCCUGACAAGUCUCCCAGUUCCUGCCGCUGAAAAACAUCCCCACGGCAUGAUGCUGCCACCACCAUGCUUCACUGUAGGGAUGGUAUUGGCGAGGUGGUGAGCGGUGCCUGGUUUCCUCCAGACAUGACGCUUGGCAUUGAGGCCAAAGAGUUCGAUCUUCAUUUCAUCAGACCAGAGAAUUUUGUUUCUCCUGGUCUGUGAGUCCUUCAGGUGCCUUCUAGCAAAGUCCAAGCAGGCUGUCAUGUGCUUUUUACUGAGGAGUGGCUUCUGUCUGGCCACUCUACCAUAAAUGCCUGACUGGUGGAGCUCACAUGGAGGAAGGAAGCUUGGAUUCACUCACCUCAAUAGUAGCCUCCUUUUCUCUGCAGUUGAACAAAACUGAUCAUUUCUACACGGGUGUUACUCAGGAGGCUGUUACCGAAGUUAAGGAUUAGUUUUGUUGAAAUGUAAAAUAAGGGUUUUCUAUUUCUGUCAGACAGCCAAAAACUGAUUUCUAGCAUAGUGAUGAGUAGGGGUAGGAGAAAGAAUCGAUACAGCAUAGUAUUGCAAUUUUUUUUCUGGUGAUAUUGUAUCGUCUCAUUGACCAAUUAUCGAUUUUUCAAAUUAAUAGUUGAUAUGAAGUCAAAUCUAUGAUAAUGGAAAAAUAAAAUGAAUUGUUUGUCCAGUGAGUUUGGCAGAGGUGACAUGAUAGAGCAGCUGAAAGUUAGUACAACAAAUGUAGAUAUAAGGUUUGCAAGAUGUGCCAAAUGAAAAUAAAAUAUUAAUAAAGAAAAGACAAAUGCUAAAUUCGCUAAACAGUUGAAAAAUUUGUAUUAAUCACAAUGACAUUGUAUCGUGAGUCCACUGGUGAUUCCCACCCCUAGUAAUUGGUAGAGGUGUUUAUUGGUAAGGACCUUAUGAUACAUAUAACAACACUUUGUAAUAAUCCAGAUAAAUUACCGAACAUUUACACAGGUAGACCAAGUUACGGCUGGAUUAUGACUCAGGUUUGAUGCUCUACAAACAAUACUUAAGCACAAGUUUUUCAGAGUGUAGGACAUGCAGUCCUCCAUUCUAGGGUUAGAUAUUUUCUUCAGAGAGCCAAGUGAUGCCUGAUGGUUGUAAAAGACUAAAAAAAACAUGUUUUUCUGUUAAACAGAGUUUGCCUGAUGGAUUAUGCAAGUCCAUCAGGACUUAAUGCAGGUCAAUACCGCAAAAACUAAAUGUUUGGAAAAGGAACUAGUUUUUUAUAUCAGUAUCCAUGUGUAGUAAAUCUUGAGUCAGGGGUCCAUAUGUUUCCUAGCUCCUCUGGCUGUCUUGCUAUGUAAACUCCUGUUCUCUUGCUAUACUUAGAAAAUGACUGUCCUUUCCACUCAGGCGUGGGAGUGAGAAGGCCACCAAUCACUGAAACAAGGAAGGUCAUGUUCAGGAUUGGUUAAACACUGAGCCGUGAACAAGCCUGACACACAAAGGACCCUGUCUACCCACUGUGCAGACGCACUCAUUGCCUCUCAGACACAUGCUGUUUCAUCAAAAUAAAGCCUGAGUUAGAGGACAAGGAUUAAGCUGAUGAUAAGUUCGAGUUGAAUGAUUAGAUAGUUAAGAAGAGUCAGGAAAUAAGACAAAGAGUUCCAGGCUCUCCAGUUUUCACUCCUACAUGUUCUUAAGUGUCAUCAUAGCUCUGAAUGUAGGAUUAUGUAUACAUUAUGUGCCUCACGUCAUCAAAACAUCCACCUCCACUAAAUAAAAUAAUAAAAUGACCUUGCUUUAGGGUCAAGUCCUUUUUUAAAAUUUUUCGGCCAUUUGUAAGUGUUGCUGUGCUCUACUUGUGUGUCUGAUUCAGUUUUUCCACUUGCAGCCUUUACUGGGCAGCCAGUAUUGAGUUCCUCAUACAACCAGUCCUGCUGACUCAGUGCAGUGGUGGUGAUGUUUUUUUGUUAAUCUGAAUGUUUUGCUUUCUUUAAACUCUGCUUUUAGAGGAUCAUAACUGACAUCAAUGCUUCAAUGUGCUUGCACCCUGUGUUCUCUGACUGCUGAGGUUUACAUAGAUUUCAUCUGUUAAUCUGUUCUUACAUCGACACACAGAACAUUUUGUGUCCUCUCUGCUUUUGCACCUGAAUCCCUUUCCAGCCCCCUGGAAACCUCCAGGGUUUGAACUGGAGUGCCCGGGCACUCUGCACUAGUCUGUCUGAUAAGCAGACAGCAGACCUUCCUGCAGCCAUGUGGUCAGACACCACAGUUUGCAUGCUGACCCGAGGCUGUUUGCAUUGGACUGGUGAAUCUGGAUGUUGACACACUCUGACAACGAUCUGUCUGCCUUUGGAUACCAGCGAGGCAAACAUAAACGGCUCGGUUUCCAAGACGAUUAACAAAAGAAACUGUGUGGUCCUGUAUCUUGGAAUAAUGUUGGACAUUUUUGUAGCAUGGCAGUGUGCCUAUGGGACUUUUAUAGUAUGCCAGGUGAAGCUGUUUUUGCUUCUACCUGUUGUUAAGAGUAAGGGAUCUGCAGUGCAAUUGCCAUUAUAGCAAAGUGGUAUCUGUAAGCAUGGUAGAGCAUGGCAAAGUGCUCAAACAGUGCUGCUGGAACCAAACAUGUAGAGGUGGGAGUUUCUAAAAGUCCACAAAUGGUGGCUAAGACAUCAAAGCAAGAGGACAUCUGAAGGAAAACCUCACUUCCCUUAAAGUAGUCAGCAACUUUACCCAUGCAUGCCAAAGUCCAAGUUUGUACAGUUUUCAGAUGGGCCCUGAUAUAAUUUAGUUCAGAGAACAUCUAUCAAUUCACAUAAUGAAUUCAGGACAGCACAUCCUUUGAACAGUUGCGGCCGACUGGAUAACUGAUUUUUAUCAUUAAACAUUCCCAGUGUGCAGAAGUGGAGUGGAAAAUGACAGUAUCAUCACGUGCCACUCAUUCUGCAAAAAUCCAAACUUCAGAGUCCACACAACAUUCACUGAAUAUGAUGAAACCUUAUAGGACAGAGCAGAGUGCGUGCACAUAGAGGACAGAUGUAAUGUUCACACACCACAAAAAAAUAAGCAAGAAUAUAAUACAACACAAUAUCAUACAAAACAGUACAAGAACUUUAUUGAUCCCCUAAAGGAAAUUCUUUUAUCUGGAGUCUCAUGUCUCGAGUCAUCUACUAUUUACAGAAUAUUGUAUGUUAUCACUAUGUUUCAAGUUGUAAGUGAUACAGUCAUACAGUUCUUAAACAUUGUGUCGUUGGCUAGCCACUGUGAUUUGAAAUUAGACGCUGACUUAGACAUUAGCACUGCCAAAGUAUCCAUCUAUGAAAUAAUCAUAUUGUAGGAGCCAAAUAUGUUGACGUGUAGCACUAAAUGCCGGCAUUUUUUCGUUGGUUAGUCAGUGUUGCUUGAUGUCAAUUGAAGAACGGAUUUUGGUCAUGUUAAUCACAAUAGGUUUUUGUUCGCUGCAUCUGAGGAACAGCUUCUGGACAUUCACUGAUCAUCAAAGACUCAUGGUAGUGUAAGAAACCAGUAGCAUGGCAUGUCAACCAGGUUGCUCUGGGUCAAGAAUCUCAGUAGUUUAAAGUAUAGACUUAGCUCCUACACAUACCAUUUAUGUAAACAUUUCUUUUUGCCCAUGGUGUCUGAUUUUUAGAUGUAGCUAAAAACCAGAAAGUGACUGAAUGCUUCCAUUAGCUGUGUUCUCAUGUUAGUUAAUGGGCUGUCUGUUAAUAUGAUUUUUAACUUGAAAUAUGGUCAUAUCUCUUAAGUGAUCUUUACUGUCUGUUGUCUUUGUGGCUGCCUCUCAAUCAGAGACCAGUGAGAUGUCCACAGUUUUUCACAUUAAGUUCUUUUACUACUUGCUGCCAGGAACACAGUAGUAAUGCCCGAGGAAUAUGGUCUACUGAUGGAUGCAGAUCAUCCCCAUUUGUAUGGAGGUGGUUUGUCUUUAGAGUGCUGAAUGUUGCUUAAAGGCGGAUAAUCUGCAGACUACAUCAGGAAGCAGUUUCAGUUAAAGACAACUUUACAUCGAACUUGUUUGACCAUCUAAGGAUUAAAACAACCCUCACGAAAUCAGCAAACUUUGGCAGAAUCACAAAUACUGGAAUAAGACAAGAGGAAAAGAGCUUUAUUGACCCCUGAAAGGUAAUUCAACACACCUGAAGAAGCUUGUAUUUACAAGCAACAGUUGUUUUUAUUUCACACAUUACUGAGAGAUGCAAAAUAUUGUCAAUUAUAGUUAUUUGGAGUAGCAAACAGCUGCAGAUAUACGCACUGACUGACCCCAUGGUGGGGCCGAGCCUUGACUUGUGCUAGAUUGUAUUAUUGAAUAAAUUUGGCAUAAUGAUCAACAAAGCGACCUCAACAUCCAGAGUUGGGACCAGACUGAAGUGGAAUGUAAGUCUGUUUUAGAUUAAUUUAGUGCCCAUGUAUUAAAAACAAAGCUAGGAGAAAGCCCUCACUCGCACUCAUGAGGCACUCAGUGUGGCAUCCUGAAAAUGUCUCGCUAACAUGUGGACAGAUUUACUGUUCACAUUAAGGGCCAAAUGGAAGACGCUAUUUCUGCAAACGUUUCAGUGAAGAGUGUGGAAGAUAGUGUGAGAAGACAUGACUGUCCUCUGGUCCAUGGUCAUGCAUAUAUCACAGUUCAUUUGUCAUGGUUUCUGUGUGAUGCAAGAGCUCGUCGGUGAACACAGCUGCUGAUUGAAAUGGUGUGUGUGGUCAUGCUCCUUUUUCUGAUAGCCAGCAUGAUUAACUUCAGUUAGUGCAAGGGUUAUAAAUUCAUACAUGCCUGUCUUAGCAGCUUUUUCAGGUGGAUUAUUAAGUGCCAGUUUUACUCCAAGUAAAUAGGAUUUCACAUGUAUAAGCCAGCACCUGAUAUUUGCAAUUAUCCAUUUGAUAAUAUACUUGUUUAUACAGUCUUCAGGUUCCUGCCUUGGUACUAUUGAGUGAACAAAAGUGGAAGCAGAAGUCAAAUAUUGAUCUGUUUGACUGAAUUUUAUGGCUGUAGAAAUCAAAACGACUAAAUUCAGGUGUCUUACAUUUCCUUGCAUUUCUUUGUGGAACAAUAGAACGUCAGUUUGAUACCAAAAAGGCAAGAAGGCGGGGGAAAGCAGCAGCAGCAGCAGCUGCACAUGCUCAGUUCACAGAGUAAAUGACAUUAAUUAAGCCCAUCUCCUCCUCAGGCAGUGUGAAUCAAAGCAGCCUCAGACUGGGUGGUGGUGCUGUGUGACACUAAACCUGAAACGUAUUGAUGUAAACAUUUUACAUCUGUGUUUUAUCAGCGAGUAAAACUUGACUUAUCACAAGUCUAGCUAACAGUGACUUCAGUGAUCAACUUUGCCUUUGCAGUGUACCCUAAAGUCAUUUUCCCGGUACGUGUGGAGCAAGUGUCAACACUAGUCAGUGUUUGCCGAACCUGGGUAUUAGCCUGUUACAUGUCCUGUUGUUCUGUGCCAUCAGUAUGUGCUGUGUUACAAGCUGAUGCUGUUUCUGCUUCAGCUUAACAUUCCAGUCUCAGGCCCAGCCUCUUUGCUCUCUAACCCCCCUGGCUACCUUCAGCCUCCUUUCCAUCCUCCACUCCUCAUUCCACCCCGCACAGCCGUGGAUGGUACUGUUCCAGAGAGAAAAAAGAGAAUGCAAGAACAGUAGAGAGAGAUGGGGCGGGGGGAAGCAGCCAUGCAUUAAGUUAUUUUUUAAAUGACGGUGAUCAAAGCAGAGGAGCAGGCCGAAGGGAGGAGGGACAAAUACAAGUCUACGAGGGCUAAGGGAGGCGGGUUCACAGCUCUCCUGACCGCCUCAUUCUUUCCUCUCAUUGGUCAGGGGGGCCCCUAGCUUCAUUAAUGGGUGUUUGAGCGCAAGACAUGGGUGACCCUUCUCGCCUGCAGCCUCUGAAGCAACUAUGACAGCUGUCAUCACUGUGUAUGUCAAAACCUUCACCACUGUAAUGUGUUUGGAGAUAUGACUGCUGAGGGGGAGUGGGCAUGAAGGAUGGAAUCCCCCAGGAGGAGCAUUUAGAGAAAUAAAGACAUUCUCAAACAAGGGACUCAAAAACACACAAAUCACACAGCUGGUUAAUUGAUGACUGUUGAAACUGUGAUUUCAAAGAUUCUACCGCCAGCAGCCCAACCACUAUCUCAAUGUCAAAGUAUUUUUAGACCAAAUACCCUUUGAUCAUUUUUUCUUCCAAAUUACAUGUUCAAUAGGCGCUUCAGACCCACAUGCAGUCAUCCACUGUUGUGCUAGAUGUCCUGUUGACUCUGCAUAAACACAAAUACUGCAUCCAGGAGAUCCUAAUUGUCUCCUGGUUCGAAGAGCUCCUGGAAUCAAUAAGCCUUCAGCCGUGAAUUACUUGGCAUGCUUUUACUGUCUGAAUGCAGCAUGUCAGCAAAGGAACGUCAGUGAAAUAUGAAGUGUUACAGAUCGGACUGUAUGCUGGCUGCUCUGUGGUUUUGGAGGCUGUAAAGAAUGUGCAUGGGUAAAAGGAAACAGGUGUGUGAGUGUGUGUGUGUCUGUGUGCAUAUGACUGUGUGUGGGAUGUCUUUUUUGUUAUGUUUAGUUUUCAGCGUUCAUGUCAAGUGAUUUUUUUGUGCUGUGGUUUAUUGGUCUGCCAAACAUUUUUAUUUUUAACACUUUGACAUUCUGAACGCUGCUCUGCCUGACAUUUGUGAGCUUAUUGAUCCCUGUUGACACUCAUUAGCCUCUGCCUAGUCAUGCUCAGUGUGUCCCUCUGCUUUACAAACACACACCUUCCCCCUUGCUCCUCUCCCAUGAUAGUUUGUAUUGCUGUAGCACAACAUAUUGAAAGUAGUUCCAACAUCGAGUAGUUCCAGUUCCAACAUCGAACGUUUUCAGACAUGCACGACUUUUUUGUGCUCCCAAACAGUGUUGCAUAUUGAUCUAAGCUCCUAAUGAUGAUGUUUUAUAGCCAACUGGCUCAUAGGUGAGUCAGCCCUCUGGGAAAAUGUCCAGUUUUUUAGAUUCCCAGCCCUGGCCAAGGCUUCCUCUCCUCUCCUCUCCUCUCCUCUCCUCUCCUCUCCUCUCCUCUCCUCUCCUCUCCUCUUCGCUCCCCUCCCCUCCUCUCCCCUCCUCUCCAUGGGGCAUGCACCACAUAGGACAAAAUGAGCAGAACAUGGCAGGUAGCACAUGUUGUUGUUGUUUUGCAUCUUGUUUAUCUUGAUUAUCUCACUCUCAUGAUCAUGUGAAUAUUAAAAUUGUGUGAUGUGUGAUAAGUUAAAUUGAAAUGUGAUUAUUCGCCAAACCUCACAAUAUGACUUCACACAUUUCUCCCACCCCAUGGGUGGAGCCGGCACUGCAGAGAUGGAGGUGUAGGAAGAUAGGGAAGGAGUCAUCAGCAGCAAGGAAGAAAAACAAGUUGAUUUGUUCAAAUAACCUGAGUGGAGAUGAUUUAAUGAAUUUUAGCAAUUUAUGAGAGCGCUGCAGAUUGUGUUGAGAUAAUGGGAUGAACAGGCCUGCUUGUAAUUCUGAUUCUGUCCCCUCAGGAAAUGCCAGUCCUAAAGUUGCCAUGUUGCAGUAAGCCUAUUUGAUUGAAGUGCCUACCAAAUGGCUGCUUUAAUGCCCUUAAGUUCUUCUAAAACUGGGACACAGCAUUUCACUGAGUGCUGCUGUGGCAACAUACAUUUUCACAAAAGAACUCUUGGACUCCUCCUUAAUAAAUUUGAAUUGACAGUAAUCAUAUAAGUGUCUACAGUGUGAUAAUCACCUAUAAAAUUUCCCUCUAUUGCAAUUGUUAAGAGUAGUUUUCUUGACUCCUCCCAUAUCAUCUUCUCCCACGUCCAUGUACAAAACCCAAUUCCAUUGAAGUUGGGAAAUUGUGAUAAACGUAAAUAAAAACAGGAUACAAUGAUUUGCAAAUCCUUUUCAACCUUUAUUCAAUUGAAUACACUACAAAGACAAGAUAUUUAAUGUCCAAAGUAAUUUUUUUUUGCAAAUGAUUAUUAACUCAGAAUUCAAAGUAGUUGGGACAGGUGCAUGUUUACCACUGUGUUACAUAACCUUUCCUUUCAGUAACACUCAAUAAAUGUUUGGGAACUGAGGAGACUAAUUGUUGAAGCUUUGAAGGUGGAAUUCUUUCCCAUUCUUGCUUGAUGUACAGCUUCAGUUGUUCAACAGUCCGGGGUCUCCGUUGUCGUAUUUUACGCUUCAUAAUGCACCACACAUUUUCAAUGAGAGACAGGUCUGGACUGCAGGCAGGCCAGUCGAGUACCCGCACUCUUUUACUAUGAAGCCACGCUGUUGUAACACGUGCAGAAUGUGGCUUGGCACUGUCUUGCUGAAAUAAGCAGGGGCGUCCAUGAAAAAGACGUUGCUUGGAUGGCAGCAUAUAUUGCUGAAAUCCCUAAAUUCCUUGCAAUUGUACUUUGAGAAACGUUGUUCUUAAACUGUUCAACUGUUUGCUCAUGCAGUUGUUCACAAAGUCCUUGCUUGUGAAUGACUGAGAAUUUUUGGGGACGCUGCUUUUAUACCCAAUCAUGGCACCCACCUGUUCCCAAUUAGCCCGCUCACCUGUGGGAUGUUCCAAAAGGUGAUUUAUCAGCAUUCCUCAAAAUUCUCAGUAUUUUUUGCCACCUUUCCCAGCUUCUUUGUCAUGUGUUGUUGUCAUGAAAUUCUAAAGUUAAUGAUUAAAAAAAUAAAGUUUAUGAGUUUGGACAUUAAAUAUCUUGUUGUUGUAAUGUAUUCACUUGAAUAUAAGUUGAAAAGGAUUUGCAAAUCAUUGUAUCCUUUUUAUUUACGUUUAUCACAAUUUCCCAACUUCAAUGGAACUGGGUUUUGUAUGUCAGCAUUCUGCAGGGUCUUGCUUGGCUCAAAUGACACAGCACUUGGAAGCAACAAAACUGACAUAUGGCUGGUGCUUCACUUUCAUAUUUUCUACCUUCUUUUUUUUUUUUUGCCCCUAAUUCAAAUUAUUUAGUUCUUUAUUUUUGUAUUAUAAAAUGGCCCCUAUCUCACCUGUCAUUAAAUCCAAACUUAAGCUGUGUUUAAAGUGAGACAUGUGGUGACCCUGGCAGCUGAAAUGUGACAGCUUUAAGAAGAACUUCAUGGCAAAUACAUGAAUGCCUGUACAGGAUUGCAUCCCGUGAUCUUGAAGUUCACUCUGAAAAAAAAGAUGUUUUAGAUGUUAUAUUAUUUUAAUGAGAUGCUAGAUCUUAUUAUCUGAAGUCAGUGCAAUUUCACCUUCUGACUUUCUGAAAAAGCUCUCAAAAUGUUGUUGUCUUUGUGACAGCGUUUACCUUGUGUUUGGUUGGGGCCCGACGUGUGCCUGAUGCCUGAAAAGCAGUGACUGAUGUUUCACAAAGUUUUUCUUUUCCAUACUUGCCCCCAGCUGCAUUUCUGCAGAAACAUUUGCAUUGCUGCUGUGUGCAUACUAAGUAGGACAGACAUGCAGGGUUAACAACAUUGUUAUAAGGACGUGUGACCUGAGCGAUGACUGACAGGCAAUGACUGUAUAUCGAACAUUAAAUAUGUCAGUUAGAUUUAGUCUGUCAAAGGGUCAUAUUUUUCAGUAUUGGUUGCUUUUGCUUUUAUUCCAGACCCCUACUGUCCGUCUACAUCUAUACAUAAUAUAUUAUUUAACAUGCAGUUAUGUUUAAUUAAGCCCUCCAAGCUGCAGCCUUCAAAAGCACACCAUUCAGCAUGCCUAUUAAAGGAGUAAAACCUUCAAGUGUUGGACUCUUGAUUAUUCAGUACCAGUAAAUGCAAGUAAGGGCUGUGCUUUGUGAUUUUCUUGAGGCACAUUUUUCUGUCUUACAGAAAAGCACUCAGACAACAGGACAUGCCUGUCAGCCAAGUGCUCAAAACUGACAAAUGUAGGCACGUGUUUCUUGCACACGUUUCUUCUCAUUUGUCUGUGAAGAUUUUUGUAGAUAUUGAAAUGACCCCCCCUAUUGUUAAAUGUCACUUCUAUUUCAUUAGAUGAGGCAUUUCCUCUACAUGUCCCCAUUCAUUUCUGAGUCUGACCUUAACCCAGUAACCCCUCCACGCAGCCAUCUGAUUCCACCACACUCUGCUUCAGCCCUCUGCCAACUUCAGCACCAACCCCCUCCCUCAUUCAGGCCCACACACACACACACACACACACACACACACACACACACACACACACACACACACACACACACACACACACAGCCCGACACAGACACUGAUUUUUUUCUGUUUCCCUAGGCCCUUAGAUAUGAAUGUAAUGUCUUCACACACCCUCACCAAAACCCCUGGAGAAGUUGAUUUGACAAAUAAACAAGCUCUAGCCUGUAAAUAAGCCACACAGAGUACAUUUGAAUUUAAUGCGUUCCUGAGUGAGAUGUGAAAUCACUGAAAGCUGUAAGCCAGGUUCUAGGCUUUCCUUGUUUUCUAUCCUUGUCCAUCUAUCUGCCACCUUUGUUGACUUGUCUUUAUUUGACUUGUUUUCUUUACCAAUAGAGAGACAUGUACAGAUUACUGAAUACUUGAUGAUUAAAUGUGCACACCACAUCCUCCCUCACAUGUGCAUCCAAUGUCAUCUCUCUAUCUGUCCACAUGCUGCUGUGAACCUUGACCAUCCCAAUCUCAUCAGGAGUCAGUCCAAGGUAGCAACACACACAAACGCACCCCCCCCCCCCCCCACACACACACACACAAAAAAAAACACGAGCUAAUACCAUGUUACCACAAAGUGAUGUCUGUACGACACUUUUUGCCAGAGGAGUUUAAAACAUUCAGGAAAUACGUAGAAAAUGUUAGUGAUUUUACCCCUUGGUGACUCACUCAAGUGUGUGUCUUCAAAGGAAGUCUUUAAAUUUCAUUUGAAAAAAAAAAAAAAACAUUGUAGUACACAAACCACAUGACACUUUAUCACACUAUUAAUUGCACACUACUGUUGAUAGACAAAAUUGAAGUAUAAUUGAUUUACAGGAAUACAUAUCUUCAAAUUGAUGAACUUUUCUUUCAGUAGUAACUUUUGUUAAAUCCCUUUCUCUCUUCAUCUGUAUGAUUAAUCAAGAUGAAAUGAAAAAAAAGAAAUUUAAAAAAUGAAAAUUGCUGUGUUCCAACUAAGACAUACAGACAGCCAUUAUUAGUAUUUUUCAUGCUGCUGCUUAUAACUUCCAGGUCUUUGCCUAUGAUUACUGUUUUUGGUCCAUGGAUGAAACAGAUAAGGAGAAGUUUGCAGGUAUGUUCACUUUAAGAUCAGUUCACAUCAUUAAGCUUGAAUGGCAACUCAUUGUUAUUGAAAGACCAAGUCCAGCUAGAAAAAACUCAAUUGUGUGUGUCUUUUCAGGUCAGGAGGUGGUCUUCCAGUGCCUUGGGGAAAGUCUUCUUCACAACGCCUUCCAGGGCUAUAAUGCCUGUAUAUUUGCCUAUGGACAAACUGGUAAUUUCCCAUCAGACACUCACUGUUACAUGGUUGACCUCAUAUGAAAGUAUUUUUCCUAACGAGAACUGCAGGAGUCUAAACAACAUGUGAACAACAUAGUUUUCAGUGCCCUCAAGCUUUUUGUUGAACUAUGAAGAAGGGAGUGUCAGUGUGGAUGUGUUACGACAGGGCCUCCUCUUCUCUCCCUCCAGCCCAAAAAAGGGAAAUACAAAGUAGGGAAUUUAUAUAAAAGAGGUAUAAUGGCCCCUCUCAGUGCUACUAGAACCCAAACAGAAGUGAGGCAUGAUGUAGAGACAGUGUCUACUCUGGUUGAAAUGUAAACAUUCCUGUUCAAUCGGACAAGCAUCAGACAGAGUCCUACCAAGAGACAGUGCUGAAACAUGCUCUGCGCAGCAGGCACACAGUCAAGAGAUAAUCUCUCUGUUCUCUUUGUUUACGCAGAAUUUCAAUGCAACUGAUCUCUCAACAAACAUGUCAGAGCUGAUUAGACUGUUGAGUGUCAACACAAAAACCAGGAUAUGUUUUAUUACAGCAGGUUCAACUCAACCUUCAUUAUGUCGCUCUUUUUUAUCACAUUAUACAUUUUGUUUUAGGGUCAUAGCAAGUGAUGAUACUAUACCGAGGUCCAAUUUAUUCAAGAGUGUUUCUGUGUUUUUGCGUAUGACCCAUGCACUUAGUAUCAUAUGAACAUCUAAUGUUCUUUAAUUUGCAUCAUAAAUAUUGUUGAAAAUAGAUCAGGGCUUGUCUAAUACCUUUGACAACCACAAUACAUGGUGCAGCCAGGUGAAAAAUCUAAUUAAAGCUGUGACAUAUUCUUGUAAACUUAAAGGGGACCUGCCAUCAAAAUUUCAUACCCAUUUUUAUCAAUUUUUCAUAAUCCUUGAUGUCCUCUGAUCAUGUUUGCAACAUAAUUUUAGCUGAAAAGUUAUUUGAUGGUUUGUUUUAGUAUGCCUAAAAAACCUUACAGGAAAACCAACUGGUUUUGGCUCAUUAACAUUUAUGGUAAUGAGCUUUGCUCUGAUUGGAUCGCUGCUGUGAAGACUGCUGUGCUCUGAUUGGCUCAGCAGUGGAGGUUCGGAUUUCGGUUUAUCCAUUGUUAUUAUGCUAAUGCUAAUAGCAUAUGCUAAUGUGUGAUAAAGUAAGGUGCCCAGAUGUCUGUAAUGAUAUCCGGGGAUAUUUGAUGCGGCGGGGGAGGGUGCAGGGGCUGCAGGGGCUGUGUGAUCACAGACAACAUCUUGGUACUAUUUAGUAGCAGCGCAUGCCCCUUAUAAUAACCCCCUUAAAAACUGUUGUUCACGACUGCUAACUUGUGCUUCCUACCCAUUCGGCUACUGUAAUAACCGUUGUUCGAGCCCACACGCAACAUUUUUGCUCUCAUUCAUGAAACGCUUAAAUUGGGGACAUAUUCGGGGACAGCUUUUGCCGGGGACAGGUCAUCCAAUACGGGGACUGUCCCCAGAAAUCGGGGACGUCUGGUCACCUUAUGCUAAAGGCUAAAAACGGCAGGUAUUAAACCAUAUAUUUUAGACCCCGAGUCCGAAGAGGAGGUGGAAGUUGAGGAAGAAGCCGGAGAUCUCCAGCGGUGUUUUCUCAUUCAUUCUGUCCAGCUUUAAGUUCAUUUUCCCGCCAGUGAACCCAAGAAAACACCGGUCGUUUGGAAGAGACCCAUAGCGGAUACAGUGGUAGCUGGGUCUCGCUCUGGCUGGAGAGUGAUGUUGACUGUGAAUGAGUACGAGAACGAGAGAGUGGGCGCGGCUCACCGAGGACGCGCUCGUGAAUAAUAAUGAGCAAGGUCAGCGCGACAUCAGAGGGACCUGCUUUUUCAAUUGGCCUGGUUUACCCGUUCCUUUAUUUUAAACCUUUACAGAAUGCAAACGACGUAACAUUUUUCUUUUCCACAUUUACAACAAAAGACGAACAUAAUAUGGACCUUAUCUGACACAAAAAACACACAAAAUUACAUUUUGAUGGCAGGUCCCCUUUUAACAGCAAGGGUUACCAAAGACUAUAAACUUGACAUCAGCAGGGUUUAUUAUAGAGCUGCUGUAAUGGACUGCAUAGCUGCACUCUUUUAAAUAUUCUUUAAAGGGAAUUUAUCAGUUUACAGGGACGGCCAGCUCAGUCUUUUUUGUGAAACCUUUUCUCAUCUGGUUGACAUUUGACCUGUUUGUUGUUCCAGGUUCGGGAAAGUCGUACACCAUGAUGGGCUCAGGGGACCAGCCCGGUCUGAUCCCCCGGCUGUGCAGUGCUUUGUUUGACCGAACUCAGAAAGAAGGGCGGGAGGAGGAGAGUUUCACUGUUGAGGUGUCCUACAUGGAGAUCUACAACGAGAAAGUCCGAGAUCUGCUCGACCCCAAAGGGUAUGACCUCAACCCUUUUUUAUAACAAGACAGAUCACUUUCCCUCCCUGUGUAUCUCAUAAUGUCUCUGAUUAGACCUCUAGAAACAGAAAUUAUAACAGGAACAGUACAAGGCAAAAAAACACACAUUUUUGACUUUGACAUCUUUGAAUCUGUUCACAGAAGAUAAAACUUUGUAGCUUUUAUUGUAAUAAAUUUGCUGAGGUUCGAUUCUUUCACAGAUGCAGAUCACAGGGUCUCUGAUCUGUAGAAACAGUAGUCAUGGCCUGGCACGUCAACUUUAAAUCCUAUUAAAAGAUUUCAAGUCUAUAGUAAUUUAGUCGAUCUUAUGGACAAACAAAAAACUCUGCUGAUCAGAAACAGUGUCUGAUGGAUCCUGGCGACUCCAGCUGCUGCGGUCCGUGGAUAAAAAGAUCAUUCCACGCAGUCGCUGAUGGAGUCCAGUUCAUGUCCAGCAGGUCAGCAGUAAAUCAGGAGCACAGGCCUGCAUCUGCCGCCCCAGACACCAUAACCUCUGACCGUCUCUCACUUUGUAACCUUUGACCUCAGUAAAAAGGGCCAAAUUCAAGCAGACCAUCUGACAGCCAUAUGGGCUUCACUGAGCUGCUGAGAAUGAUGAAGUUCUCUGACCUGGAGAAAGUUUGAAUCAGGGUCAGAGAGCCAAGUGCUCACCAAGUCUCUAUUAAAUGUUACAGCAGUGGACAGAUCCAGCUGAGCCCACACUGCCACUUCAAAUUCAUAUCAGGAAUCUAAAUUUACCAACAGUGACCAUGUUUGCCUCUGUUUUUUAAAACUUUCUGUUAUUUCCUCUCCAGGGGACGUCAAACCCUGAGGGUUAGGGAACACAAAGUUUUGGGUCCCUAUGUGGAUGGCCUGUCUCGACUCGCUGUGGCCAGUUACAAGGUAAACUUUUUCUUGAAUAGUCACUUUUGUUUGUUUUCAUACUUUGAUGUCAGGUUUAUUUACACCAUGACUGUCUUAUAUUUGAUGCUGUGUUACAUUCUGUCAAAUGGCAGCUUAACAAUGGAGCUGAAUCUCUAAACUUAGGAUAAUCAAUGGUGGUAGAUUUCUUGUCAGUAUUUCUCCGUGAUUACACCAAAACUUUUCUAAAAUGUCACCAUGGAUGACAUGCUUCAAGGAGACCAACAAACACUGAAACCCUUAAUCCAAUUUUACAAAGAAUAUGAAGAUUCUAUGAAGUUCAUCACUCUCUUAUAGACUACCUGGAAAAUAGUUCGGCAAUUCCAGAAUCCUGUUCGCCAAAGUAAAAUUGUGAAGAAUCAGCUGAUUUCAACUUCUACAUUACAUAAGAUCAUGAAAAGAUUCAGAGAAUCUGGAGAAAUCCAUUUAAUCUAUUUACAAAUAGGGACAAGGCUAAGAAAACAAUACUAGAUGGUCACAUUUUUCAGGCUCUUAGCAGCACUGUAUAAAAACAGACUCAGACUCAGCAGUGGAAAUCACUUCAUAGGCUCCAGAUCACAUCCACUGUCUACUGUCGGUCUUUGUGAAAUAUCCACUAAGGCAGGUUAGAACUGUAUCAUGCAAAGAGGAAACCUAAUAUAGAUAUGAGCCCAAUGAACUGAGGCAAAGUAGAAAACUGUCUUUUGGUCCAAAAAAGUGUGAAGUUCCAUUUUUUUUUUUUUUUUGGAAGGCAUGGACUUAGCUCUUUUUAAUUUUAGGAGGACAGGCUCCACCUGGCUCUUUAUCAGCUCACAGUAAAAAAAAAACUGUGGGGAUGCUCAUGUGCCCCUGACAUUGCUAGUUUAUAUAUCUGGAAAGACACCCUUACAGAGGAAAAAAUAUACAGAAACAAUACCUUUUUGAGGAAGACCUCGCAUUAUACAGGAAGAAAAUACCAAACUACAAUUCACACUACCUUCAAGAGGCCUGGCUCCAUAAAAGAGGAGUCCAUAAAAAGUGAGGAGUCCAUCACUUUCAGAACUGAAGGCACUGGUCUCCUCUUUUCCCCAAAGUGCUGUUCAAAAACGAGAUGAUGAUGAUAAAACAGAACAGUAAACAUGCCUCUGUCACAACUUAGUUUGAAAAGUGUUGCUGGUAUCAACUUUAAAAUGAGCACAUAUGUUUCAAUACACUGCAAAAUAUUUCAGCUUUAACCUCUGAUGUGUGGUCUCACACUAAUUUUGAUGACAUAUUUGAGGUGUCACUGAUUUGGAAACCACCAGUCUUUCUUCUGAACAUUUCACACAUUGUCCAAACUCUUGUGAGACUCUACAAGAUUCUCUUUGCAGCAAGUGUCGUAUUGGCAGAAUAUCAGUAUAGUUUAUUAAUAAACUAUUGUUUGUUUGAUGACAGGACAUUGAGUCUCUGAUGUCAGAGGGUAAUAAGUCUCGGACUGUAGCAGCCACCAACAUGAAUGAGGAGAGCAGUCGAUCACAUGCUGUCUUUAACAUCAUCCUUACGCACACACUCAAAGACCUGCAGUCUGGGGUAAGAUAUAACGCACACACACACACACACACACACACACACACACACACACACACACACACACACACACACACACACACACACACACACACACACACACACACACUUUGUUGGUGCAUAAUUUUAAAGAAUUGAAUAUCUGAAUUGUUAUAAUGAUGGAUUGUGAAAGUACUUGUGUUUACUACUGACGGAGAAGAGAUGCAGAUGGCUUUGGUGUGAUGGUGUAGUGCUCUAAACAUGCCAACCCUCUAGUCCAACAGAUAAUUAGUGUCCACUUCUGUGGUAGGGGACGGUGCCAGAAAGGCUGCUGGGAGCUGAGCCAGGUCCCAGCAGCCUCUCUGGCAUACUAUUUUUGAGCAGAAGUUGUUUGGCAUGUUGGAGGAGUCAAUCCUUCUUGAUUGUGUCCAUUCAGCCUGAGCACACACUGUGAGGUUAUCCUGGUUCACUCAUCAUUAGUUAUUGAUCAUCUUGACAUUUGGUGAUGUAAUAUUAUGGCGCAGCUUCUGUCCAGACAUUUUUGUUGGUACCAGAGCAGAAGUGUCUGUGUCACUUGCAUGACUAAGCAAUGGUUGUCUGGCAACUUUUAGAUCAAUCUCUCGCCGGGUGAAAAGUUGGGAACAAAAUGGGAUGAUGUCAGCUCAGCUGUCUGACCUAACACUCCAAGAAAAGAGCUCAUUCCCCUUCCUCGCUGACCUACUUAGCCUAUCCUGCUCCAUGCUCUUGUUUGUAGAAAAACUUAACCACCAGCAAAUCUUGUUAAUAAUUCACAGGCAUGACUUUCAGUUUGUCAGCUGAUAUGGUGCGCUCUGUUUUCAAGCCACACCUACAGUCAGUCUUCAGCCUGGUCAGUCAGUCAGUAGGUUCAUCAAGCACACAGCGGAAGUGCAGACUGUAAAGUCAGUGAAUCACUCAGCUGACAUGUUCACAAUCUGGCCCAGGCGGUCCUUUGUUUGGUGAAUUUGUUGUUUUAUUUAAUUGUGUCCUCAUUUGAUGAAUAAAAUGAAAUGACCUGAAAAGUCUACAUGAUUUCGCACUCUGAAGGGGAACUCCUCUUUGACCACGAAAAGCCCCACUAGAUUAGAUCGAAGCUCACUUCAUUGAAAUAAUCUGUGUUACAGCUUUUUUUGUUUAUUUUGUCUACACUGCAGUUUUUGGCAUUAUUGUGUGAUCAUGUUUUCAUGUUUCACACUGUAUGGCUUUGUGUGCAAGGUGGGUAUUAAGUUAAAAAAACUUAAAACAAAAAUGAAGGGAUUAUCACAGCCUUAAAAUGACACAGUGGAAAUGUUUCCGAUGAGAAAUUACUCCACCAGUUGUAGACCUCUGCACUGGUUUGAAAUGCAUCCUUUGUCAGCCCCCCUUCCUCCACCCCCGCCCUCCUCAGGCUCACUUUACAAUAGUUUUGCUGAUGUUAAUGAAAGAACAAAUAAAGCUGCAGGUGUUAAAAAGUGUAUUGUCCUAAUAUUUACAGGAAGACUGACAGUAGGCAGCAUUUAAGCUAAUCUGUGCCCCCGGAUGACUCAGGUAACGUUGUUGAAUAGAGGAACAGUGUUGAACCAGCCAACAUUAACACUGAGUGAAAUCAUCAAGUGCUGGGUGAGUCAUUCUGACUCUCCCUCAGCUUAUUACAGGAUUUCCUCUGAGUUACAUGCACAUGCUCUGCUCUGACAUGUCAGUCAGACACAGUGCAGACGAGUUGACUGAACUUCAGCCCCUCUUUGUGACCAACUCAGGCCUUUACUCUUGUUUUCUUCUGUUGUUCUACACCCAAGUUACAACCAGCUGUUAUUGACGGAUCAGAUUUUGUGGAGAGAAAGAGACAGCCGCUUGAGAUUCAUUUUUUAUGAUUUGUUUUCCAGUUUACUCAAUGAUUUACAUUUUAAGUACUUGCUGAUUUUCUGACUCUUGCUCUCUCCUGGAACUUUAAUGCUGCUGCCAAGUGGUCGAAAUAGAUCUGGUUACUGACUGUGGUAUCAUGUGUCCUAGUUUACAGACUAGUAAUGCCUUAUGCAUACAGUGCACACACAGUGGUGAACAACACUGAAAAAGACAGAACAAAAAGAUAGACUGAUGUGACUUUCAGAGUCUGACAUGAUCAGCUACCAGAGCUCUGUGUCAGAUUACAGUCAUUGAUUAUUACAUCCAGGGGUUCUGAUUCUGAUUUCAAACUCUUCUAACUUCCCACUAGGUCUAUUGUUGAUGUGAACAGCUAUUUUCUAGCUCUGUCUAAAUUUCCAUCCUUAAGGCCUUAUUUGAAGAAAAAAAAGGCUUGGGUUUAUUUUUGGGUCAUAUUGGCUCAGUGUUUCUGAUAAAAAUCUUAUGUUUGUUUUUACAACUCUGGGGGAUUUUAAGAACCACAAUCUGAGGCUGUCUACUAUUAGUGGAGCUGGGGUUGAUUUUAAUCACUAAAUUGAAUGAAUUGGUCUUUUCAUUAUUCGGGCUUAGAGUUGCUCUACCUAAGAUUUUAAUGUGAAAUGAGAUACAGGAUGAAAACCCUCAAGAUGCCUGGAAAGAAAAGACUAAAUCAUGUCUUGAGUACCUGUUACAUGGGUAGCUCACACAGCACAGCUCCACAGUGAAUGAGUUUACUGCAAAACUCACAUGGCUGUAAUCCCAACCAGUCACAUUUUGACGACAUUUAAUGCAUCAUGUCAGAAAAAAUAUCUGACAAAGGAGAGCCUGAGCUGCUGAGUGGUUGAAAUAUGUGAGGCAAGAAUGGGACUAAUUUAAUUUGUAAAACCCCAGAUUAAACUCCUCAGUCCCCCAAUGUUGACAGUCCUGUUUAAAGACAAGGUUGUGCAACACAAUAAUAGCAAACAUGCACCAGCUGUUUUAAAACACAUUGCUUUCAUCAAAUUCACAGUAGUCAUAUAUAUUUUUUAUAAACCAGUAACAGUUUUCACUUUCAGAAUUCAUAUAUUGUAUUUUUACUUUUUGCAGUUGUAUAAAUGAUUCACAAACCAUCAAACUAUGUUUUUAUAAACAUUUUAGGCAGUGUCACCACUGUUUUGGAAUUGGGGGUGUACUUCAGUACAUAUGACAGAUAUACUGUGGCUCUGAAGGUCAAUGGCUCAAAUAUUUGGGAAAACAAAAACAUUUUGGAAACAUGAACAAAUUUUGAAAAAAUAGAAAUGAUUCUGUGCCCACAAAAUGUAUUCGCAAUUCCAGAAUGUUUCUGUUUUAUAAUUUUAAUUGUGAUUUUGUUUAUAUGAAAUGUUUUUUUUGGGGGGGGGUUGUUUUGUAAAGUGUUUGUGUGAUUGUGGGUUAUUUUUUGGCAUUGAAUGAAAUGUAUUUGGAUUUAUGAACUUAGAUUUUUGGCCUACUGAAAAUAUUUGUCUCAUUGACCUUCAGGGCCACUGUACGGACAGUUAAAAACUGCUUGUGCUAAAGAGAAACCAAAUGUGCAGAAUAACAGCAUCAAAAGGCAGCAUCAUUGUCAACCAGCAGAGUUUCAACAUUGUGGAUCUGACCUGAUGGGGGAGUCAACAGGCACACCACUGAAGACGCCACAGGAGUAGGCAUGUGCCGAUAUGAAAAAUUUGAUAUCACGAUAUUGGUGGCCCAAAAUAUCACGAUUCACAAUAUGAUCACAAUAUUAGCGCAUUGCUUUUAAUGUUAUUAAAAAUGGCAAAAAACACUGCGAAAUCACUCCUCUGUGCACAGCAUGACACGCACAAACAAUAUGAGCAAGAGGCAGCUAAUGCAACGUUGGGAGCAUUAGCUUUUUGGAGCUAAAGUUAGCAGAAACGUCACUAACGUUGUCAAUAAUAAGCAGUAGAGUAGACCGAACUUGUUGCAGUCAUGUUGUUUUUACCUUGAUUUGGGCGAACGAUGCUGGAUGGUGUUCACGGAGGUGGGCACGUAGGUUUGAAGUGUUCGAAAAUGGCGCUGCAACUUCCUUAUGGCAUAACCUGCAGAUUGGUGUCAGGUUUACCUGCUCUGUCUGUUUUGUGAAGCCGUAAAACGUCCAUACUGCAGACGAAACCUUUUUAAUAGGAGGAUACAGCCAAGGUGUUUCGUCAUUCUCAGUCUCUGACUGUUCUUGGUCCGGUGUUAUGCUGUACAGUCCCUGACAAAAGUCUUCAUCGCUUGGGUACAGGUUGACCUUAAGUGCCCCUCAAAUAUAUGUGCAAUCAAUUUUUUUUACAAGAAAUGUCUAAUUUCAAUCCCAACAGCGUUUGAAAUAAUGUUUUGGUGCCUUCAGUGAAGGAAAUUUAUUUUAGAUUUUAAACAUAAUUUGGGAGGGUUUUAGCUUUCAUAUGAGCCAUUUCUAAAACCAAUGGAUUAAUGACAAGUCAGGUUAUAAGCUGUUGUUUCUACAAAAUGGAUAAGCGACAAGACUUUUGUCAGGCACUGUAGAAUGCACCCCUGCCGCUGAAUGCACCCCUGACGGGAGCGCGGUUGAGAGUACAUAACAAGGUGAAAUAAUCCAAGUUUUCUUACAGUUGGGUGGAUUCAAAAGCGUGUGCCUCUAAUGAUUUCAUUCAGACUGUUCAGAUAAGCUGAAAACAAUAGCGCGCUCUGAAUCGUAAUAUUUGCUGUCCCGAAAAUAUAAUGUUCUCUACCUUGACAACUUACUGUACAGUUUAUGUACCCAAGUACACCUCUGUGUGCAUUUUUGGGACACAUUAAAACAGAACGAAAGUUUGCUGCUCCAUUUGACAUGUUGUCAUGAUCCAAUUCUCGUGUUUUUUAAAAUAUCAGAUCAUAUCUCCUCCACUUUAAGAAGCUAAUGAGUGGAUGGGAUGCAUUGUCGACACGCUCCAACAGUGCGUUGAGUGGCUGCAAUGCAUUGUGGGUGGCCAUGCGUUUUGUUGUAAAAUUUCUUCAUUCUCUCUUUUAAUGUUCCCGUUUUUGUUAGGCUGGCAUUAAUGUACUUAUUUCGAGAGUUUUUUUGGAUUUGGAACUACUUAUGUGGUGGUUUGUUUGUACAUUUUGCUACCGAGGCUUUGACACCGUGGGUAAGACUACAAGCGGGUUAAGUUGGUAAGUACUCGGCUUCGCUCGCCACCGCCGAGUGUCGCUGCCACUCAAAUUAUAAUUGUUGAACGAUUUUUACAGUACCUUACGAUUUCAUUAUCGUGACCGUUUAAUGUCGCAUAUCACGCUUAAAUCGUAUAUAGACACAUCCCUACACAGGAGAGGUGUAAACAUAGAAAGAUGUAUGGAGGCCUGAGGGUUUAGAGUAAAUAACAAGAGGGGCAGUAUCACAGGAUCUUGGCAGUACCAGGUGCCUCAUUGUUUGACCUUUGUUACCAGGAAACCGUUUGUUCUCAGAGUCUUGCUAUGAAGACACAUAAUGGAUUGAGUCUUUACACUGAACAUGUUAUACCAGUGAUAUACAGCUGGCAGUGUUGGACUGUUCUUUGCAAAGGCUUGUUUAAAUAUGAGUUAGCCAAAGGACUUCUUGUAUCUCAGAGGGACUGUAGCUGAACAGUUCUGCUUACUGACAGGCUAUCUCAUCUGCUGAUGUGCUGCUUUAGCUGUGCAGCAGGUGAAGAACAGGUGUUACAUUCAGCCUCCUCAGCAACAGACCUGAGAGGCUCUGUCAGUAAAGAUGGCUAUGUGAUGCCAACAUCCUCAACUGCCUCAGCAAGAAAACUGAGGCAAGCUGUCCACAAAUGGCUGAAAGAUGCCAAACUGACUCAUCACAGAGUACUAUGAAGCUCAGAAGAGUCACAAGAAUCAAAAUCAAGAUCCUCUGAGCUAAACAGAGACAUUCAGCAGAACAACUUCCACAAGAAUGUUUCAAAUAAAGCAAACGUGUGGUAGUUUACUUUUGGCCUCUUUUGCUGCCAUUGUUGAAAACCAAAGUAGUGUUUAUCAUUAAGGUGCUGAAAACCCAGGAGGGAUCGUUCUGUUGAAGCGUCUCCUCGCUGACUCUUGAUUUGUCACUUUUGUCAGAUCUCAUGUAGACGUGUAAAUGUCUUUUUAAGAAUCUCAUCGACCCACCAGUUAGAAGACAGACAGGGGAGACACAAAGACUGGUGGCAUUUGGCUAUUAAAAGAAAUAAACAAGUUGGUGUCAUGACAGUAAAUGAUGCCUGAUCGCUGUAGCAAUUACAAAUGCAGGUAUGGUACAGUUAAGUCCAUGCAUGCUUUAUGUCUGUCUUCAGUUUGUUGACGUAAUUUUGUCUGGUCUGUUAAAGUACAUUGAAUGCUGCCAUUCAGAGCCCAUUUAAAAGGCAACACAAAAGAGAGACUGAAUUACCCGAUCAGACUCUUUGGAACUUUUAAAGGGAGAUGCUUUGCAUUGAUUUUCACUGUGUCUUAUUAUUACUGUUAUCUUAGCCUUUGUAAUUUUUUUUAAAUCAAACUACUUUUGUUUUCUCCACCACUUGUGGUUUAAAUUAAAGAUAUACAAAGACCCUAAACAAAACAAAAACAAGAUUUCCUUUUUCUCCAUCUUUUUCGGCAGACGAGUGGGGAGAAGGUGAGUCGCUUGAGUCUGGUAGACCUGGCUGGAAGUGAGCGAGCAGCAAAAACCGGAGCAGCAGGAGAACGACUCAAGGAGGGAAGCAACAUCAACAAGUAUGAAGAAGUAGUUCAACACAGAUACACGCUUGACACACCAACACACACGCAUGCACACACUUAAAGCCAUGAUGAAGUGUUUGCCUAGACUCAGACCUUUACUUCUCUGAAGAAGCUUAUUUCUUUUAAGACUGACUCUUGUCAGUUCAGUCUCUCUUAUACUUGAAGUGGAUAAGUCUGGAAAACUGAGACAUUCUAUGAAGCUACAUUUUAAUGCUAGUAAGAGGAGGAGAAACACAAUAACACUGACUACAAGAGGACAAGGUGAUGCCAGUGAUCUGAGCAGAUAGAUGUAAUGACCUGGAAACCACCUGACUUUGCAUCAUCGUGUGUUUGUUUUCAGGUCACUCACUACACUGGGGCUGGUGAUCUCGGCACUAGCUGAACAGGGAACAGCCAAAAACAAAAACAAGUUUGUUCCUUACAGAGACUCUGUUCUGACAUGGCUGCUGAAGGUACAUACGUGCAAAUGACUGAACAGUGGUUCAUUAUAACGCUCUUUGUUGCCAUUAGAAAGCAUGUUAAUUAUAUUUACACUUCUCUCUCCUUGCCUUCCCCCUUCUCCUCUCUCUCUUGCCACAUUUGACCUCUUUUCAGGACUGUCUGGGCGGCAACAGUCGCACAGCAAUGGUUGCAACUGUGAGUCCAGCAGCAGACAACUAUGAAGAGACACUAUCAACGCUCCGCUAUGCUGACCGAGCAAAGAACAUAGUUAACCAUGCCGUGGUUAAUGAAGACCCCAAUGCCCGUAUUAUCAGGGAGCUCAGAGAAGAAGUGGAAAAACUACGAGUGCAGCUGACUCAGGCAGAGGUGAGUUGUCUUUAUGAUCUUUGAAACCAGAAUUAGUAGUCCUUUGUGUUUACUACACUCUCAUCUCAUUUGUUCUCCAGUCUUUGAAGGCUCCAGAGCUGAAAGACCGCCUGGAAGAGUCUGAAAAGUUGAUCCAAGAGAUGACCGUCACCUGGGAGGAAAAGCUGCGCAAAACUGAGGAGAUUGCACAAGUCAGACUCACUGUAGUUCAUUUUGUGUUUGGUUGUUCUAAAACUGUGAACACUGUCCUCAUUGUUGUUUGUGUUUGCAGGAGCGUCAGAAGCAGUUGGAGAGCCUGGGUAUUUCUCUACAGUCUUCAGGGAUUAAAGUCGGUGAUGACAAGAGUUUUCUUGUCAACCUUAAUGCUGAUCCUGCCCUCAAUGAACUGCUGGUGUACUACCUAAAGGUACACAGACAGAGCCUCACACACACACACCUAUGAACAUUGUGAACAUGUACACAGAGUACCACUCCAGCCAAGUUUAGUGAGUGGGUUUGAAAAGGCUGACCAGGUGGAAAUCCUUUCUGAAUGACUGUGGGUGCAUGAAGAAAAACUUUAUUUAUCCCUGAAGAGAAAUUCAAUGAUAAAAGCAAUGCCUGAAAUUUUUCAUAGGAUCAAUAUAGCUUGCAUCCAUCCAUCUACCCCCCCCUUCCUCCCUCCCUUCCUUCCUUCCUUCCUUCCUUCCUUCCCUUCUUCUAUCCUCCCUUCUUUUCUUCCUUCCUUCCCCCUUCCUUCCUUCCUUUCUUCAUCCCCAUUCUUUCCUUUCUUCUUCCCCUAUUCCUUUCUUCCUUCCAUCCUUCCUUCCUUCCUUUAUCCCCCAUUCCUUCCUUCCUUCCUUCCUUUUUUAUUUCUGCCUUUCUUUCUUUUUCUUGAGUUGGAAAGUACCAAAAAAAAAACUUCAUACGAACCACGACUACAAAUCUUUCCAAAAGACUCAUUUGAUGUUCAGGUUAAUUCAAAACAGACUAAGACAGUCAGGAAAGGGUGAAAUAAAAUUCAAUGCAUUUGUGAUUUCCAACAAAAGUGUAAACACUAGAUGGCCCUGCUUUGUUUUUUCCCUGUUCUUCAAACUCUCAGCUGUUAAAUAAUCUCUUGACUUUUCUUUUUCAGCAACACACAAAGGUGGGCUCAGCAGACUCUCAGGACAUUCAGUUGUGUGGGAUGGGCAUCCAGGCAGAGCACUGUGUCAUCGACAUUACAACAGAAGCUGCUGUCAUCCUCAGUCCUUAUAGAAAUGCUCGGUAAGUAACCCCGGCAGCAUCACACUCUCUGCAGUGUGUCACUGAAAGAUGUUUUUAUCCUGAGAGACAUUAAGCCAUGUUUCCUUCAACCUCUGUUUUUCUCAUAGGACCUGUGUCAAUGGUUCUCCAGUUACAAGUGCUCUCCAGCUUCAUCAUGGUGACCGAAUCCUCUGGGGAAACAACCACUUCUUUAGGUUGGUUUACAUACCUCCACAUCUGCAAAAAUGUGGGAUUUCAAAAAUUUUAAUCAAUAAUUCUCUGGACAGUUUCAUUUUACACGUGUAAUGACGGCUCUAAAUAUACUUAAAUAUUGUUUUAAAUCAUUUUGUCUUAAUUUGCUGUUCUUUUUGUUCAAACGCACCACUGUAAUUCAUCUCACAUUUCAAAUACUGCCUAUUAUCAACCUUUUUCAUAUGCACACUCCUGAAAAUGCUUGGACAUUUUAAAUUCUCCUUAAAUUGUCUUAUUUUUUUACGUACACAUUUCCUAAAUAGAUGAAAAAGACUGACUGUGAAAGCAGCCUCAUUAAAUGCUCCUAGAUUGUAUCUGUCAUAUACUGUUCACAAUAUAGAAACCUCACCACUUCUCACCAUUUUAUCACAGUGCAUUUUCCUCAAUUAUACUCAGACCUCUUACAAAAAAACUGUGUCCUGGAGGGUUGAAGAUUUUGAAGAAAAAGUUAGAAGUGAAGUUCAGGAGAGAAAAAAAUCAUGUUUGUUUUGCCCAUCCAUGAAAAUUCCUAAAAUGUUCAUGAGUUUAGUGCAUCGCUUAGGACACCUGAUGUCUUUUGUAGAAGUUCACAGAAAAGGCUAAAGAACACCUGACUUUUGCUUUGAAGUGAAUUUUAUCAUUAAAUUAAAAACAAUGCCAAAAACUCACAGUCGUUAACUGGACCUCCUGCCUGCAGGAUCAACCUGCCUAAACGACGCAAUCGAGGAGCUGAGGAUGAGGAAGGUGAGGGUGGGCUGAUGAAGAGCAGUGGCAGCAGUGAGCAGCUGGAUGCAGAUGGUGACACAGCCAGUGAAGUGUCCAGUGAAGUCAGCUUCUCCUAUGAGUUUGCCCAAACAGAGGUCAUGAUGAAGGCCCUUGGCAGUAAUGGUAAGAUUUGUUUUGAAGGAGAGAAUCUGUGCCUUGCUCAAGAACACAUCAGUAUGUCUGACUCCUAACUCUUGUGUUUUUUUUUUUGUCUUGAUAGAUCCCAUGCAAGCUGUUCUCCAGUCUUUAGAAAGACAACAUGAAGAGGAGAAGCGCUCUGCUCUGGAGCGACAGAGGCAAAUGUAUGAGCAGGAACUCCAGCAGCUCCGUAAGAAGCUGAACCCGGAUCGUCUGUCCACUGGUAACUCUGGAGGGCCAACAUCUGGUCAGCAAGUUCAGGGACAGCAGUCUCACUACCGCAGCCUGGAGAGGCUCAGUAUGGGAGGGAUGAGCCAUUCAACCAGCGCCCAGAGCAGACUCAGGCAGUGGAGUGAGGACAGGUGAGAGAGCCCGUCUGUGUACAAGGAUUUGUAGAUGAUCACUCAAUGACGGUAGACUAAAACAAACACCCCUUCCUUUUUCAUCAUCUCGUCUUCCACAUCAGGGAGGCUGUGUUGGUGAGGAGUCUGCGGCGGCUGAGGGAGCAGAUAGUGAGGGCUAACCUCCUGGUUCAAGAAGCCUGUUUUAUUUCCGAUGAGCUGGAGCGACACACAGAGUACAGAGUAACUCUGCAGAUCCCAUCAGACAACCUCAACGCAAACCGCAAGGUCUCCCAGGCGCUCAGACAUCUUAACAGACAUUUCUUUAUGGUCAAAGUUUUAGCACUAGUGUUCUUGUAAUUUAUCUCUGUGUUCUUUUCUUCAUAAAGAGGGACGCAGUGCUGAGUGAGCCAGCUAUUCAGGUUCGACGCCGCUGUCGGGGAAAGCAGAUCUGGAGUCUGGAGAAGAUGGAGAACCGUCUGGUUGACAUGAGAGAGUUGUACCAGGAGUGGCAGGACUACAGCCAACAUAACCAAGACAACCCUGUGAGUAAGCUUGACAAAGCAGUAAUAUGAAUUUAAGACAAUAGAUACAGUAUACUUAAAGAGAAACUGAGAGUGCUAAAUGCUCAGACUUGCACUUUGAUGUUUCAUGCUCCUCUCCUUUUCCCUGGACAGAUGAUGCGCUCAUAUUUUCGACGGGCAGACCCUUUCUUUGACGAACAGGAAAACCACAGUCUGAUCGGUGUUGCCAAUGUCUUCUUGUCCUGUCUGUUUUAUGAUGUCAAGCUGCAGUAUGCUGUUCCCAUCAUCAACCAGAAGGGGGAGGUGGGUAGUCACAGGAUUGAUGUUCACAGAUUUAUUCCCCUAUUCCUCUUUCACAGCUUUCAUUGCGGACCGUUGUCAUAAUUCAUCAUAAAUGUUUACCUUUCUGCGAGUGUUGCGCGUUAACAUUUGGUGACAUUUUUUAUCUUGUGAAUUUUUUUCCCUUCGGUUUGACUCGCACUUUAUUUUUCAUUGUGAUUAAGUUAGUGAUUGUCAGGGUAGCAUGUUAAAGUCGCCACCAAGUACACUUUCAAAAUCUUCAAAAAGAUGUUGAAUGGCAACGCUGUGCAGUUCAAUGGUCACCAAAUCAAUAAAUCAUGGAUCAAUAAAUCUGGACUGAACUGACACUGAUUGACACACGCACUAUUUAUUGAGAUAUUUGCCUCUUGUGUUCAGGUGGCAGGGCGUCUACAUGUAGAGGUGGUGAGGGUUGGAGGGGCAUUGGAGGACAACAUGGCUGGAGGAGAUGAAUCCGACAACAAUCAAGACACUGAGGUCCAGGACCGCAAACUGGUCUGCAUGGUAAGACAUGUCGACCCUCUCUGAGGAGUAAAAUACUCCUUUAACUUAAUCCUGCUUCAAGUUGAGGUGUUGUUAUUUUACUUCGGUGAGGGUUUUGGCUCGGUGCGCCUUAAAGAAACUGUAUGUUUUUGAGUGUUUCAGUAACCUUUUACUUGUGUAUCCUCAACAGAUUAAGAUCCUACAGGCAACCGGUCUUCCUCAGUACCUGUCCAACUUCGUCUUCUGUCAGUAUGCCUUCUGGGAUCAGCCUGAGCCUAUCAUAGUGGCUCCUGAGGUCGACCCAUCAUCCACAUCGCCCAGCAGCAAGGACCCACACUGCAUGGUGGUGUUUGACAGCUGCAAGGUGAGAAAUUUAAAGCUCAGGUAAACUGUACUGGUCGAAUGUUUUAGUUUAGUUUAGUUUUAAACUGAAAUGCAGGACAUAUUAAGGGAAGAUAAUCAUGUCAAAGAUGGUGAACUGGAUUGGUUACUUUAACAGUAUUGUUCUCUUGUUCUGUAGGAGCUGGCAGUGUCUGUAUCAGAGGAUUUCAUUGAAUACCUGACUGAAGGGGCUGUUGCAAUCGAGGUGUUUGGGCACAGACAGACUGAUGCAGGAAGAAACCCGGCCCUGUGGGACCUGAGCAUUAUUCAGGCCAAGACACGCACACUAAGAGACAGGUAGACACAAAAAGUCACCGGUGACACAGUAACUUAGCCUAGUUUUAACAGCUAGCACAAGUUAAUCAAACUGCAAACCAAUCAAUCCCCCAGUAUGUUGCAGAGUUUUCAUGUCAGUGUUUUUAUUUUCUUCUGUAGGUGGAGUGAGGUAACACGACGCCUGGAGCUGUGGAUUCAGAUCCUGGAGAUCAACGAGAACGGAGACUUUGUCCCCGUGGAGGUAGUUCCUGCGAGAGAUGUACGGACUGGGGGAAUCUUUCAGUUACGGCAGGUAGGGAUAAGCAUGAACACAAAAGGGGGAGCUGCCUUCCUCAAAGAAAAAUUCUGCAGUAACCAAUUUCCUGUCUUUUAAACUUCUCUGCCUUUCUCCUGUGCUCCUUUCCCUUACCUCCAGGGUCAGUCAAGGCGGAUCCAGGUGGAUGUGCGUUCAGUCCAGGACUCUGGCACAAUGCCUCUGAUAUCAGAAAUAGUGCUUGCUGUAUCAGUGGGUUGUGUGGAGAUCAGAAACACAACUUCAAAUCAGGAAGGAGACGAGAUGGACAGUUAUCAGGUAGACCAAUUUGGUAGAACUUCUAAAAUUUAGACUGAAAACAGUACUUGGAGGAAACCGAGGAAAGAUUUGAUUAACUUAUCGUUUUGUCAUGAAGGAAAGAGAUCUGGAGCGUUUGCGGCGGCAGUGGUUAGCUGCUCUCACCAAGAGACAAGAAUACUUGGAUCAACACCUGCAGAGCCUGGUCAGCAAAGCAGGUACAGCACAAAAGCAAACACCAGAACUCAAACAGUCAUUACCAAGAAAAAUGUAAAAUCCUGCAUCAUGUGUCUCCUGCAGACUGCUGCAAACAAUCAGCAGCUUGUUGGCAUCAUUUGUCAGUCAUUGAUUUUUAUUUUCAUAUUUCUAGUUAAGUUUUAUUGAUCUCAUGCUCAUAGAACUAGUAAUAUAAAGUUGGGUCAAGUACAAAGACAAAAUGAAGAAGAUGAUGGUUGGAUAGACCUAGAAUAGUUUAUGUCCUGGAAAAGAGGAAGAAGAAAAAGAAACAUGUCUGGUCAUGUGCAAAUAAAUGGAGAAGUCGGCCGUUAAAUGUUACUCUGCAGACAAACGUCUGCUCAUACGUACACACACAGUUUCAUAAUGAAUGAUAAAAAAACAAGUUAGUACAUUUGUACAUAGAGGAAAAGUAAGCAGGUGUCUUAACAAAGACAAACAAAUCAAAUAAAAAAGAUGCUUGUUUUCUUUGUGCUUAGGGCAGGUAAGUAAAUCAGUGUCCAGGUUUUGAAGACAGAAGUUUAAUCCACAUAAUCCAGAAUAUGUAAUGUGGGAUUUAAAGAGAUGUUCUCUUGAAUGACUGUGGAUUGUUGAUCAAUUUUACCUCCAGAUUGUUGCAAUUUAAGGCAUUUCUUUAUUAUUGGAUAAAACAAGUCUUUCCCUUUGUCACAGUGCAAACAUGUCUCAUUAUUGCUCAAAUGGAUACAUUUUUGAGGGCAGCCACAUGUGCUCAUGAACUUCAGUUAGAGACUUUUGUUUCUUUUUUAAGUGGAUUUCAUGCUCAGUUAAAGACUCUUGAAUUCACCUGAGGUUUCAAAUGUUUUUGUUGUUGUUGGGAACACAGAGAAGACUGAGGAUGAUGUGGAGAGGGAGGCUCAGCUGCUGGAGUGGCGCUUGACUCUGACAGAGGAGAGGAAUGCUGUCAUGGUGCCCUCUGCUGGCAGCGGUAUUCCGGGAGCUCCUGCUGAAUGGUACUGCUGCACAUGGAGACAUUUGUGUUUUUGUCUCUGACUUUUGAUUGCCUUUACUAAUACUGCACAGACCUGCUGAUAACAGUGAGUAUUACAUGUUUGUUUGUUUGCAGGGUUCCUCUGCCAGGCAUGGAGACUCAUAUUCCUGUCCUCUUCCUGAACCUCAAACGUAUGUCAGCUAUUCUUUAAAGGACACAGAUUUUGCUCUUCUCCUUCUUCUUGUGGGAUAAUGUGAAGGGUUUUGUUUGUGUUUUCCUAGCUGAUGACCUCAGUUCUCAAGACCAGUUUGAGGUUCCUGAGGCGGGAGGCUGGGAUGCCACCCUGAGUGGGGAGGAUGAGGACGACUUCUUUGACCUGCAGAUCGUCAAACACUACGAUGGAGAGGUGAGGGUGGACCUGUGUGAAAGUCUGUCUUUCUUCACCCAUUUGUUAAACCUGAUUAUGAACUUGUCUAUUAUUGUCAACCCUGCAGGUUAAAGCUGAGGCAUCAUGGGAUUCCACUGUCCACGAGUGUCCACAGCUCAGUCGAGGGGGGACCUGGCCAGAGCAGCGGGUUUAUCUGACAAUUCGGGUUGUGGUCCAGCUCAGUCAUCCUGCAGAUAUGCAGCUGGUCCUCAGAAAGAGGAUCUGUGUCAACGUGAAUCCAGGCCGCCAGGGCUUUGCACACAACUUCCUGAGGAGGAUGUCCACACGCAGCACCAUCCCCGGCUGUGGAGUCACUUUUGAGGUGGUCUCCAACAUCCCCGGGGUGAGAGUGGAGUUAAUAUCUGACGUUUUUAGUGAAAAUGAUCACAGCAGGAUGGAUGGGUCAUUUUAUACCUACCUUUUUUGUUUUGCUCUGAUAGGAUGCCCCCGGAUCAGAGGACAGGGAGAUGCUGGCCCGUCUUGCUGCCAGUGCACAUAACAGUCAGUCCGGUGAUGAUGAGGCUGCUAUUGAGAAAUACCUCCGCAGUGUCCUCAGUCUUGAAAACAUCCUGACCCUGGAUCGACUCAGACAGGUAGACGGAGAAAGUAACAAAAAGAUCUACUGAUCAAUGAAACACGUUAAAUUUAAACCAAGUGUCAGCUGAGGAGAUCCAGAAUGUUUUAAAAAUCCAAAUUUAUCAAAGUAGUGAUUUUCUUUUAUUUCUUAUUUUCAUUUUUAUUUCAUUAUCGAAUUUCCCCUUGGGGGUAAAUCAAGUUCUUCUUACCUUAUAUUGUGUGGUGUCUUACAUGUUGGGAAUACUUUGUGUUUAGGAGGUGGCUGUGAAGGAGCAGCUGACUAGCAGAGGGAGAGGCAACAGACGGAGCAUAAGUUCUCCUUCAGUCCACCGGGUAAACACUCUAUAUUACUGCUAUUACUCUAUAAUCUAUCCAAACAAACAUUCCCUCAUGAGUUUCCUCGCUGUUGUUCCAUCCUCAGCUGUCUGGAAGUAGACAAGAUCUGUCCACAACCUGCCUGCUGGAUGACAAGGUAAAGGAGGUUUUACUUCUCACAUCCACACGUUUGUGACCAACAAUCAGGGUCGUGUCCAGAGAGGUGAUCAUGGGUGCUGUUGGCCCUGCUUGAAAUCUGAUUUGCUAUCCCAGGUUCCAAACUCCAAAUCCUAAACAUUUGUUAGCUAAUUGCCUUGUCAGAGGCAGAACUUGGACUAAAACCAACUGUUUGGUCUGUGAUACCCUGUCAUGAUAAGAUCAUCAUGAAGUUGUGAAAAAAGGAAAAACAACUGUGUGAUGCUUAAAUGAUGAAAGUAGAAAGUGAGGACAGAUACUGUUGAGACUCUGGCCACCCCUUCUUUUGUCAGUACCCUGGUUGGGACACCCCAGUUAAAAAUGUCUGGACACAGCCCUGCCUACAAUACACAUCUGUCCUUUCCUCUGUUUUAUUUCUCAGUCUUUUCUCCUCUCUGUUUCUCAGGGUCGAUGGGAAAGUCAGCAGGACAUCUUCAUGCCCUCCCAGUUUCAACGCACCCUCCCCCGGCCCGCCUCCUCCCCCUCCACCUACUCCACCUCCCCUUCUCAGUCUCCAACUCCCUUUGGCAUGACGCCUCCUCAAGCCCAGGAACCUGAGCAAGGUAAAACCUCUCAUCCUUGACCCCCUCACUCUCUUCUUCUCUCUUCCAUAACAUCACUCCACUUCUCCUCCAUACACUCACUUCUUACUCUAAAGCGCUUACAUUCACUCGAAUGUCGUUUUCUUUCCAACUAUGUCAUUCAUGUCUGCUGUGUUUCUGUCUCAUGAACUUUGAGCUCAAUCAUGUGACUCUGUCCUUCUUGCCUUGCUUCCCCUUCUCUUCCAUCAUGUCUCCUUGUGUUUGUUGUUUCCAGAGUGUAGUAGUUUACUCCACAAUCCCAAACGUCAUUGUGUAUUUGAUUUUUAAAUUCUGGGUCUCCACUUUGACCUUGGCCUCUCCAGCAGAGGUGAAGUCUCUCUUCAUACUGUAUGCUGUUAGUGUUUCCUAAAUCCAUGUCUGUGACCUGCUAUUUUAGAGACCAUGUGCACUUCUCUGUUUUUUCUCCUCCUCCUCCUCCUCCUCAUCUUCAUCAUCAGAACUUUUCAGUGUGUGGUGGUGAACUGAUCUGAGCUGAUCUGAUCAAUCGGAGUUCUUCACUGUGUCAUUGUGAUUUCUUUCUCAUGUGAAUUUGAACGUCCUUUAAGAUUAAUUCUGUCUAAUGAGCAGAAUUAAUGAUUUUUGUUUUACACUCAGUGAUUAGAGUGUUUUGUUGUGAUCAUUGUGUCUUAGCUCAAACAAACAUCUGUGUGUCAUGGCACCCUAGGCUGCUUGAUAUCUUCCUCUGUCAGUCUCUCGCUGCGUUGGUUUUUAGGCCAUUUUCUGGACUCGCUCUCAACUUCCUGCCUUAAUCUUUCGCAACUCCUCUACCUCCCACACCUGCUCCUCCUUCCUUGCUUUCUUCCUUUCUCCUGCCUCUUCUUCCUCCUCACCUCCCCCACCCCUCCCUCCCUCCCCCCCAGGUCGUUCAGGACUUGCUGCCUCUUAUCUUUCAGUUAAAGCGCUGGUCCCUCAGAUGCCCAAACUGCUCAAGUCUCUGUUUCCAGCACGGGACGACAAGAAGGAACUGAGACCUUCACCACACAGCCAGCAGGUGAGCAGAGCAGAGAGUGGGAGAAGCUGAGUGAUCCCUGAAUGACUCUUUAAAAAGCUUCUUUAAAUGUGUGAGUGUGGAGCAGGGAGGGCUUCAGUCAGCCAAGCUGCAGGAUUUAAGAUGUUAAGAAUAGUUUUAGUGUUUAACAUUGGCUGUAACAAAGAUGGAUGACAGCCCUCCAACUUUUCCAAACCUCCAAGAGAUCUUGACAUGAUUUGGAGAUCUUGCUGUCAUAGCCUUGAUUUCACACCACACCUCCUCUGCAACUGAAACACACUUGUUCACUCAUGAAAGCUCCCUCAGGCCAGCAUGCACAGAACUUCCUGUCUGCAUGUUUAGGAUGAAGGUGGUGGUGUAUUUUAGUUUUAGAGUUAAACUCAUUUUCUAUUUGCUAUCAUGGAGGAGGAACGCUCUAAGACAGUCACUGAAGCCAGUCAGCAGAGGAUUAUGUUAUCCAUAUUUCAUACAGAUGAUGCUGGUUCACAUCAUGAGCAAGUGUUUUUGUUUCCAUGUCAUCACUGUGUGUUUGUGGUCACUCAGCAGCAUGUCCCUCGAAUCAUGACGUCUGGAGGAGACGACAACAGAGUCAAGACUGAAACGGUGAGAUUUGACCUUAGUCCACCUUCCCUCAUACAUUGGAUUUGACCAGUAUGGUUCUGCUAAACCUGAAAAAAGCCAUAUGGUGACAUAUCAUUAGUAUUUCUAAAGUUUAAGGAAGGUUGGUCAAAAAAAUUUACAACAAACUCUCAGCAGCCAAUCAUGAAGAUAUAAAACAUGAUACAAGGCUGAAAUCAACAAAAUGAUGUAAUGUUGUGAUCCUCUUCAGUCUUCAAGAUAUCAGACAGAAAAUUAACAGCCUGAAAUGUUUGCCUCCAAGUUAUUUCAAAUCCAAACAGCGUGCAGCUUUGGUUCUGAUACACUAACAGAGUUUUACUGAGUGGUCCUUUAGAGCGAGCAUUAUUCAGGCUUUACCUGUGGGGAUUGGGUGGGGGUGCAAACUCCUGCUGCUGCACAUGACUCCACCAGGAUUGAGAUUCGUCCUGGAGUUCUUCCUGUCCUGUUUUCCAGCCUGUAAAUGAUUGCAGAAUGACUGUGCUCUUCUUCAAAAACUGAUGAUUGUUGUUUGUUGUUCUGCCUUGUCUGCAUGCUCUUGUCUGUUCAUCUGUUGCUGUGGCAACUGUUGGUAGACUGCUCUACGGCCCCCGACCAAAGACAGACGGUCAGAGUUCCCAGAAGUCCCUCCUCUUCCUGUGCAUGACCCGCAUGACACCACCCCUCUCAGCCCCCUCAGCCAAUCAUCGAGCGGCUACUUCUCCAGUAGUGUUUCGACAGUCACCCUGUCUGAUGUCCUCCAACCCUCGUCCUCAUCGUCCUCCCUCCUCGCCACUGAGACCACAUUACCGGCAAACCCUCAGCAGCAGGGAUAUGACAGGAACGAUGUUGUGACCUCUUCUUCUCAGUUUGGUGCCAAGAUGGCCGCCAUCACUACACCUGCUCCCAACAACUCUGCUAACCACAACAACGCCACGGCAGAAAACAACUUAUCUGAACACAAACUGGUAAACUCAGGGGGAGGAGGAGGAGGUGAGGGCUUCGAGAGGCUGGAGAUCUUUGUGGACGACGAAGAACGCAGCCAAGACAGCGCUCUACCUGAUUGGCUGACAGAGGGGGCGUAUGUUACAGUAGGAAGCAAUAAAGCCGGGACGGUGCGCUAUGUGGGAGUGACACAGUUUGCUGAAGGAGUGUGGGUGGGGGUGGAGCUGGACACUCCUGUAGGUAAGUACACCAUCGGUAGAUCAGUUCACUAAAGUUGUACCUGUAUCACACAGAUUUCAGUAAACACCACUUUCUCAAGUGUCGAGUUUUAUCAAUCAGCCUCAUCAACUUUUAUCUGUCUACCACUCAAUCAUGGCAAGAGUUAUCAGAAAUGUUGCAUGCAUUACACAGGGCCUAGAAUUGGAACAUGCUGAUCGAUGGAAACAAACUGGACGAGCAAUAGUGCACAGAGUAAGCAAACUCUGACCCCUGCUUACUAUGAAAAUGUCUGCAUGGGUCCUGUAAACAUUAAAAAACGCUACAGUCACACUGAUGCCUAAUGAUAAAUGAUGGAUGCAGCGGCACUACUCAGGAUACGUGAAUACUGCAGCAAUGUGCCGCUCUCACUCCCUGAUUUUUAUUGUUUCUAGUUUAUAGCUUCUGCUCUCUGACUUCUGCAUCAGGUUUUUGUGUAAGAUACUUUAUAUUCUGUUUUGUCUUUUCUGUUGCUAUGGUGAUUCACCAAAAGAAAUCUGCUAUGGGGCUAAUUUAAAUGUGUUUUCAUUCAUGAGAUGCUUAGUAUUGACCAUCUAUGGAUGGAUGUGGGCUAUUAGGUUGAACCACGUGGAAAUGUCACUGGGAUUGUAAUUUCUGGAAGGAGCAGUGUAUGAAAGUGAGCUUUGCCAGGGUUUUAUAAAUCAGAAUAACUUAAGAUGUGUGCCAUUUCUGUUGUUGCAUGAUGAAGCUUCUCCUGAUAAGUUUGGAUGCAUUUCUGUAAAUUGCUAGACAAAAUGGUUUUAUAGACAUCAGAAUUCAUUCUGCUGCUACCAUCAUGAGUUACAUCAUCAAUAAAGACUAGUGAGCCAGUUCCAGAAGCAGCCGUGCAAGCCCAAGCCAUGACUCUACCUCCACCAUGUUUCACAGAUGAGCUUGUAUGUUCUGGAUCAGAAGCAGACCCUUGCUUUCUUCAUACUUUGGCCUUUCCAUCACUUUGCUAGAGGUUAAUCUUGGUCUCAUCAGUCCAUAAAACUUUGUUCCAAAACUUUUGUGGCUGAUCUCUUUACUUCUUUGCAAAAUCCAAUCUGGCCCUCCGAUUCUUUUUGCUGAUGAAUAGUAGUGAAUAGUGACUGUUGUUUUUGGGUUUUUCUUCACAGCUCUCACAAUGUUUCUGUCAUCAACUGCUGUUGUUACCCUGGGCCGACCUGUUUGAAGUUUGUUGCUCAGUACACCAGUAGUUUCUGUCUUUUUCAAAACAUUCCAAAUUGUUGUAGUGGCUAUGCCCAAUGUUUGUGCAAUAGCUCUGAUAGAUUUUCCCUCUUCUCUCAGGACCAAAAUGGUUUGUUUUUCUCCCAUAGACAGAUCUCUGGUCUUCAUGUUUGCUUAACAGAAAAUGCAGUUGUCACGGGUGAAACCCAAAGCCAAAAACAAGAACUGUUUAAUGUCUCUGCAAUCGAUCUAAAAGGCAACACCUGAGCAACUAGAAACACCCAUCAGUCACAUGUUCCAAUACUUUUGCUCACUUGAAAAGUGGUAGGGUUCAAAGAAAAGGUAAUCUUUCCUGGGUUGUUUAACACAUUUAGAUGUAAAAACCACGAAAUAAAAGCUGGAAUUCUGAAGUUUAGUUACCAAUCAAUUAGAGUGAAGCAAGAGUGGGACUCUGAUAAAAACAUCAUCAAUAAUAACAGCAGCGGCUCUCAGGGAGGUGUUUCUAUCAAGGCUUUUAGUUCUGGAGCUGUCCCUGUGACACAGGUAACGGUAAAAUUGAAAAAUAUAGUUUAUUAACUUGCAAGUUGCCUGGCGUUUAAAGGAUGAUCUAACAUGAAUUUCAUGUUUAUUUUCGGCCAUAAAAACGUAGGUCUAGUUUUAACUAUGACUCACAAAAUGUAGAUACUUUAGUUAGUUUCAUUUGCAUUUAAUUUGUGUUUUUGAGUUCAUGUACUUAGAGGAGAAAACACCUUUGUCAUCAUUUUAAAAUGAUCAACAUCUAUAUCAGAGAAUUUGUUCCCUGAAAAAUGGUCUAAGCUAAUUGGAAUUACAGACCCAGCAAUACAAAUGAUUUUUUCUCACGUUUCAUCUCUUAUUAUGGAGUUAAUAUAUUCACUCUUCACAUAUUUCAUUUCUUAUUGUCGCAGAUAAAUGUUUUCCAAUCAGUAGGUUUGUCUUAUUUUGAAGUGACACAUACAGCACAAAUUUCACUUCAGGUCUUUAUUUAAAGUCAGCUAAAGUUUUGGUGACUGAUUUGUGCUUCUUAUUUUUCUCCCUUCAGGUAAAAAUGACGGUUCAGUCGGAGGUCACAGGUAUUUCCACUGUAAACCUGGUUAUGGAGUGCUGGUCCGCCCAGACCGCCUGUCUUCCCGUGAUCGGACCAGUCGACGCACAGGAGACUUUCCUGGACAUGCCCCUGUUCUGCGAGGAGAAGCCAUUGUUGCCCGCCGGACAGAGAACCGCAAGUCUUGGAGCAGUUGAGAGAGGGUUACCAGGAGCUGAAAGGGAGAGACCAGCUCCCCACAGUCCUCGGUCUUAUCCUCUCCUCUUCUCCUCCCAGCUAUGCAACAGGCUCACGCAUUCAAACGGACAGACUGCCUGCCUGCCCUCCUUUAGUUUAAACUACACUCAACACAUCCAUUCUCAGCUAAUGGAUAUAAAAUAAAGACAGUAAGGAGACCAUUCAGGAAGAAUGAAAGUAGGUCCAUGACAGACUAUGCACAGUUUCUUCAGGUCUGUGGAAAGAAGGACUCUAUCAUGUGGGGAAAUGAUGUUCAAUGAAAGGCGGUCAAUGAAACACUGCUGAAAGUGAAGGGAAGUCAAUGGAUGGUGAGUGGGAGCUUGAAGGAGGGUUUGGAUUGGAUGCUGCUGACUAAAUGAGGUGCUUUCUGGGUAAUGUACAGGAAUGCAAACAAGUCACAGAGAAGAAUCAGCAGCUUUUGAUUCUUAUGCAGUACAUAUAUAUAUAUAUAAGUAUAUUUAUCAAGCCCAGUAAAGUCAUGGUUUCAGGGUGAAACUUUUUGGAACCCGAUCUUCUGUGGCCCCCUCUGUGAACUUGCUGAUUAAUUAGUUUGCCACAUUUAUUCAGAGUGAUAAAUCUUUUUUAUUUAUUAUUUCUAAGAUCAAAGAAAUGAUGGAGUUAUACUUCUCAGCCAGAUUAAUAAUCUGGUCCUUGUAGGUAAAAUUUACUCGCUUUUAUAUUCUCAGUAAGGUAUCACUAUCAAAGGAAAAGAAAAUCAAAUUUGAGCUUUUUAGACCGUAUUUGAAAAACUUCAACUGAGACCAAGGAGCCUAAAGCUCCAAGCAGACAUGGAUUCUCACCUGUGGUGUCUUUGCAUCCCUGGAUGUACCUCUGAACUCUGCAUCCAUGAGACUCAACACCCCUCCGCUGGCUUCAGCUCUCCUGAGCGCUCUCGGUCUCAUCUGCAGACUGACUGACACUUGGACUGGCCAUAUCAGGCUGAUUCUCCUCCUCUUGGACUUCUUCUCUUUUCUCUUGAAGAUGAUAAUUCCUCCAGAAUGUGCCUUCACCAUGGCUAGAUUUGUGUUUGUGUAUAUUUAAUUUGUGUGAGUCGUGUUUGUGUUAAAGAGAAUGCCUUGAGCUAAGUGUGAGGUGAUCUCAGGGACUGCAGAGGGGGAAGGAGUGUGUCUGUGUGUAUGUGUGUGUGCGCGCAUGUGUAAAUGUUGUACAGUGUUGCCUUUUGUGCACAGAAAAGUCCAUAUUGUUGUAGUCGUGUUGGUGUUCAAGAUUUUAAAUGUGUAACGUAGGAAAAGUUGUGUUCUUGUUGGACAAAGCCACUAUGGGAGCAAGUUUCUUUAAACUGGGAGGCUUUAAAAGUUGAUUUUGCACAGGGGGACACCGGAGGAGAAUCUGUACGUGAGCAGACUGUGUCUGUGGUUAGUUAUGGUGCAGGAGGCAGAGAGGGAGACAGACCAUCUAGUGUGAUGUGAAGAAUAUCCUCCAUCUGAGUGGGCCAUCUAUGAUGUCUGAUUGACGGAUAUGUGGACACCCGGAGGUGCUGUUUAGAGUAGAACUUUCGAAUGUUGAGUUUGUGGGUUGGUAUGUGUUUGUGAGAGGAAGAGAAAGUGAAAAGGACGUGCAGAAGUGACUCUGGUUAUUUCAGGCUUGAGCUGAGAAUUGAUUUACUUCUAUGCAUUUGAAUAGAUUUUUUAAAGUUUCUCAUCUUUUUUUAAUGACUGACAUCAGCUAAAGGAGAUCUCUGUGAGAGUAUUGAUCACAAAAACAAUUGAACAUCCCUGGCAUAUCUUUUAAAAAAGAAACAAGAUGAACUGGCAGACUAUUGGACUUUUUAAUUGGGUUUUUAAUUGAACAUCACAUUUCCAGAGGGGCUCACACACUUUACAUCAACCUCAGUCUUUGUAUAUUGAUGAUUACAUAACCAGCCCAGAAUAAAAACAGUGUGAAGGAGUUCAGUUUGAGGGUGUCCUGAAGGGAAAAUGUCUGAGAGGACUAACAUUCCCUUCAAUUAAAUCCACACCCUUCGGUUUUAGUGUAACUGAGAGGGCUUUUCUUGUACCAUCACAGUCGCUAUUGGAACAGUAGUUGAACUCAGUAGUAGUUACGUUGAUAGCUGUACAGGUACAUUAAGACCCACCUUUGCUGGCCACCAGUGGACUCAUAUUAGGAGUCUUUUCAAUCAUACCGGCACUCCACAGGCAGGGUGUAAUUACUAAACAGUAUACAUGUUGUAUUUCAUGGUCUUUUAAUGCAUAGUUAUGACCUAACAAGGGAGAAAAGCUGCUGUGAAGGGGUGUUGUAUCCAGCAUGCCUUGUACAGUAACGCUGCUGACUUCUUCAAGCGCCCUCUUCUGACUAAAAUAUUGAAAUGUGCAAUAAAAUGCAUUUUUACUUUAUUGGCAAAGAGCAAUAGUGCAGCUUCAUACUAGAUGAGGAUCAUCAAGGUAUGAAUAACGUGACAAAUGUGUCCUGCCACAGCAAUGUACGAGUGUCAUUAACCAAGCAGUUUAAACGUGACGCCAAUGUGCUAACUAGAGGGAGCAUUUUGAAUCCGGCUACAUGUAAUUAUGAGUGUGGGGGUUAGAUUGAUGAAAAACAUUUGCCAUAAUUUUGAUUGAAAUACAUCACACUUAGAGGGUCUUGCAGCCAAGAGAUGCAUUAUGGGAUAUGAAGGCUCGAGUGCCUCUGGAGCCUGACCCACAAUAAGAAAUGCUUAAAGAUUGCUAUAAUUCUAACCUUUUUAUAGGGGAAAAAUAGCCCGAGGUGUGUCCCUUAAAAUGCACAGACAGAGGUUGGUGUUAAAGUGUGUGUUUGCUUCUGUAGUUGUCUCUCCCUCUGAGGUGUGAGCUUGUUUUCAUGAUGUUCACUGACUCGACUGUCUCAUCUACAAGAGCUUCGCUAUAUUUAUAUCCUGAUGAUGACAGAAGUGAAUGCUUAAAGUUGACAUGUUAUUAAUGUCUCUAUACUCAUGAUUUUAUCCUUCAAUACUGAGUAGUCUGUGUGCACAGAUGUGUGAUAAGAUCGUUUAAAAACUGUAUGAAGACAUGAUCAGGAAACCUGUGUGCAUAUGAGUGCACUCAGUCUGCCCAAACACUGUCAUCUUUCUGGAUUACAGGAUUUGUCACUCUUCUAUCAUUUGUCUUGUUCAUCGUAGAGGUGUGAAUUAGCUAUUUAUAUUUAAAUACUUGUAAACAUGCAUUUAUGGAAUGAAAAUUGAAAAGCCUUUUUAUUUUGAUAAAUAUUGCACAUAUGAUUCAAUGAAAAUUGCUGCUAUAAGCAUUGUGAAUUAACCUGUAAAAUAUUCAAUUGAUUGAUAUCUUUUUCUCUAAAUUUAUGCUAGAUUGGACUCUAAUGUUCUCUUUUUUAAUCUCAGAUUAAAGUGUUGUAAGCGCUUUGGUGAAAGGGGCCAAUGUAUUCCAUAUGAAGCAGUACAAUAGGUGUAAGAGAGGCACUUAGUGGUGUAAGCCUUGAGGAAAGUGUAGAAGGAAAGAUGGGAUGAUUCCUCCUGUACUGAUAUUCAAAAGGAGAAAACUAAUGGAGGAGAAAAUACGCACAUAUCCGAGUUUAUCUGUGUAUUUAUUAUUUGGACUUAAGCCGGGACCCUGGAGUCCUCUGAUUGGUUGGUUGGUUAUUGUAUGAGGCUGUCUGGAAUGUGAUUGGUUGGCAGGUUGGAUUAGUUGUCCUUGACAGUGUAGUGGUUCAUAAUGACGGUUUAGUGGUAAUGAAGGAAGGGAGUUAUGUUUUUUCAUGAGUGUUUGUGUGUGUGUGUGUGUGUGUGUGUGUGCGUGCGUGUGUGUGUGUGUGUGUGUGUGUGUGUGUGUGUGUGUGUGUGUGUGUUGGGUUGGGUUUGUUUGUGCGUGUGAAUGUGGGGUGGACUUUGGUUCAGUUGUGUCUGUGAGCUCCUGCUCAGAUGGGAAUAACAUACAGCUGCCUUUUCUUUCUUCUUCUGUAAAGUGGGAGGAGCUGAAAACCUCUCCUGAUGUCUGGUAACUUGCAGUAUUUGUGGCCGCUAUACUUUCCCAUCCUUGUCGGGGCUCAGGACACGGUUCACAGGUUUGAGAUCACUUCAGGCUUCUGGAUGUCCCGUUGUGUUGUUGUGCCUCAGAAACGAUAUGACCAUGUAUCCUCCACACACUGUUUUCAUAUCUACGCUUCUAUUCAUUUGCACAAAAGUCUCCAGAGGGAACUGAAGUUUGUUUCUGGACAGCUUGUAUAUUUAGGACAAAAAUACACCCAUGUUUUUUUUUUAAUAAUCACCUGUGUUCUCAAGUUUCCUGCUGUUGUUUAAACUGUACCUGAAAUAUUUCAUUUCUGCUUUCAUUUAGAGAAAGUUUUUUGUAUUAAUAUCCGUGUCCUUAAGAGGCAUUGCUCAACUAGCUUUGGAUAAACAGACGAAAAGUUGCUAAAUAUGAAGCUGUUACUCGGUCUAACAGCAGAGCUAAGCUUAGGAGAGUGUAUUUUCUUGGGAUGUCCCAGUCAGCUUUCUUGACCACCAUACCCAAUCUGAUUUUCUCAAAAAUGAGUCCCUGCCAAAUACCCAGCUGAUGUUUGUGUUUGCCUGUAUAAUAGAGGUGCAUCCUAGGACUUCUAGGACAAUAUACCAGCAAUGGCAGAAACUGUCUUUGUAAUAAUGUUAGGAUAUUACAGUAAGACAGGGCCUUUAACCUUAAUUAAAGGCCCUGUCUUACUGACCUUACCAACCUUAAUUCUGAGUGGGGGAAAGAUGAAGAAGUAGCAGACAGUUAGCAAGCCAGCUGUAGCAGCCCACUAAGAGAUGAUUGACCCUCCAAAAACAACAUUUCCAUCAGUUAUUUUAAUUCGACAUGCAACAUCAGAGGGUGUGCCUCUUCAGCUUACUAAGUAAUUGGAGGUUUAGACUUUGUAAUUGCUGAUUUGACUGAUGACUUUCUAUUUAUUGGAAGUAGCUUAUACUCCUUUAAUACAAGCAUAGGAUUGAAAAGUAAGGAAGAAGGCAACCUAAAUGCAAGACAGAAAAAAUAUAAAAAUUAAAGCAUUACAAGCAGUUGUUUUCUGAGGCCAUGUCUUCUCUAAAGAAGUUUGUACUACACAGCUAGUAAUGUGGAUAAAUCAUCCAUUCAAACAUUAUUAGGAAAAGGUGAUAACAUGUUAGUUCACUGUUUAUUUGUCAAAUUUAUGGACCAGUACUAUUUAUGAAGAUAAAUACCCUCCUCCUUUUUCUCAGUUUCACUCACUGUUUUAUUUUUAAUUUCAUGUUUUUCAUAAAUCUUGAGAAAAUAUAUCCUUAUUGUGAUAUUUUUUUAAUAACUGCAAGGUUUUUUUGUUUGUUUGUUUGUUUUUUCAAGAAAAGCCGUUGGAAUCAGGACUGGGACAUCCCUAGUGUAUUUCUUAAUAUAUCCACCUUCUGAAGCUCCACAAUCUCAUCUGUAUAUGUGUCUUCAUUAUAUUAGGUGUGUCAAACUACAGAAAAAAAUGUACCUUGUGGGAGAAGUGUGAGAGGCAUUUUAAUAAGAAACUGUAACAAAAAGCCACAGUGGUUCCUGUUGUGCUCAGAAUGGAUUAAGUGUGGUAACUGUGUUUCAUUCCAGCCAGCAGUCUUUUUAAUGUGACUGUAUCAACCAUUAGAGAAUAUUUACUGGUGUGAUGUGUGUCCAAACAUAUUCAAACUGCAUAUUGAUCUGUCUAAGUUAGUUUCCCCAGAGGAUUUCUUUUUUUUUGUUUGUUUCUUCUUAUUAAGUGCUUCGGCUCAGAAAUGGUCUCAUAUCUUUGUUGUAUUUCUUGAGGAUCCGUGCUAACUAUCUGAAUCUGGAGCAACAUGUCCCCCCCGCCUUUACGUGGCCUUCAGCCUGGAGUUGGACAGGUUUUAGCAGAGGUAUUUAAAUCUGUACACAUCUGUUUAGGUUUACAGACCCCCUUCUUUUAUAUCAGGGUAAAUGUAACCUCUGAGUAUAUCAGCUGACAGAUGCUACCAGGUGUUACAGGCAUCGUAGAAAUCUGACUUAAUAUCACUGAUUGGAGGCAAUGUCGCCCCCCGGUGGCUGCUGGAAGUCUGGCAUCCAACACAGGGAUUUUUAUACUAUCUGAAAUCCAAGCCUCUGUGAACCUGCAGCUUCACACCUGUGCUAUCACAUGCAGAUCUUUGAUGGUGAAACAUGAAGUAACCUUUAGACUGACCAACAGCUGGCUCACUUUUUGUAUCUGCCUGGCAUGACUCCACAUUUCCAGCCACAGUAGUGUGCGUUCACCUCUUUUACUACCUCUCUCUCUCUCGCCUGUCCAGAGUGUUCUGCCAACUUCUCCCCUGAGGCCUUUUUUUGCUGACACAUUUGUAACUCGCUUCACUAAUGAGCCAACUCCCUCUUCCUGUGUGUUCUCUAAUAUCAGAAUCAAACACACAUAUGAGCAAUACCAGGUCGUCAGGAUAAGUGUUGCAGGUGAUGUUUUUCUCAGCAUGACAAACCUUUUCUUGGUCUGCUGUCCAGGAAAAUCCAGAUACAGCUUCUCUGCUUGCUGCAUUUUAAGGGCAGUUGGUGUUACUACAAUAUUAUCACAUGACACUUUUAUAGGUACCAACAGGCAUUUUUUGCUGAGCUGUGUAAUAACGAAAGGAGCUAAAGAAGAGGCUUUGGUGCUUGCUAAGGCAUGGAGUUUAAGUCAAACCAAGUUACUCCUUCCAAAUAAAAGCCCCCUCAGUCCCUGUUUCCUUUCUCCCAUGGAGCUGAAGAGAGCUUGUAUUAACUGAACAGAUUUAAUAAGGUCAACAGUAUUACUUCAUCAUCGUGACUAAUUGUUAUCAGUUUUUUUUUUUGCUACAGUUGAUUCUGUGGAGCGGGUUUGUCUUGACGUGUUGUUUGUGCGUGUGAGUGCACCAUUGGAGUGGUUGUUCUUUGUAUGUAUGUGUAUAUAUGCGCAUAUUAAGACUUAUAAAAGACAAAUCUGAGCACAAGUUUGGGUUUUGGUUAAUUUAAUUGUUUUAUGUAAUUCUAUGCU